CACUAAUAGGCUGCACUGGUCUCCCGCCCAGCCAAUCACAGCGUCUGAUUCUGUUCACAUGGCGGAUGGAGCGCAUGCGCAGAAUGCAGCGCUGCUAUCUCGAGUUGUACACACUAGAGCUAAACGCUUACUGUGGCGUAUCCACUCUGUGCGGCCUCGGGCACCAUUGUUGACAUGAGCCGACUGAGUAGCUUAGAUGAGCUACCCACCCUGCCCUAUCGCCAUUUACCGAGACCGUGCCACUCCUAAGUAGUGGGAGGGCGCAGCCGGGACACCUCCCAUGGUUGCAAUGCGCCUGGUAGUUGUGGGGGAGGGGCGAAGCGGAGGCCACGCCCCUUUCCACGCACAACGCGGCCGCCGCCAGAGCUCCCAGUGGCAAGGCCUGGCAGAGGGGAGAGCCAGGUCUGUACCAGGAGCCCGCUCUGCCGUGCCACGGGUAGGAGGGGUGAGACACGUGGGCUGAUAGUCUGCAUGAAUGGGGCUCACUGUGUGUGAGCAAACCUGGGCUCAGGGUGAGACCAACCUCAAAUGGAGGGCCAUAGCAGGAGAAGAAUAAUAAUAAUAAUGUGAGGGAGUAACGAGAGAGAGAGGAAGGGGCACUGGGAUAGUCAGAAACAAAAACUUACAGAAGAGAAGGCAUAGGGGCUGGGGCAGAAGGAAAGAGAACAGCUUGCCAUACACAAUAACAACAAUCCCUGUAUUCACUGCACAGGAAGUGCAAGAAACACAAACACAUUUUCAUACUACACAAAUUCUUCCUUGGUUCGGUAGACACCCUUCACAAUAUACCCCUGCAUUCACAUGCAUUGACACUGCUCUAGUAAAUAUCUGCAUUCACAUGCAUUGACACUGCUCUAGUAAAUAUCUGCAUUCACAUGCAUUGACACUGCUCUAGUAAAUAUCUGCAUUCACAUGCAUUGACACUGCUCUAGUAAAUAUCUGCAUUCACAUGCAUUGACACUGCUCUAGUAAAUAUCUGCAUUCACAUGCAUUGACACUGCUCUAGUAAAUAUCUGCAUUCGCACACUUAUCUAAUAAACCCCUGUAUUCACAUACAUCAACUCUAACAUACACCCUGCCUUGUCAUGAACCAACAAUACACAAAAUACUCUUCGGGAUUUCCCUUAAAUUCACAUACAUGAAUAUCUUUUACACAUAUUUACACCAAAAGACAAUAAAGAUAUACCCCUUUACGCACAUACACUGACACUCAAAGCCAAUUAAACCAAUACGAUCCUUCACAGUGGCACCCUUCACACAUGCAACUCUGCCUUUACUCAAACUGCUGCUAUUGUAUCCCCACAUUAAAAUUGUGAAGGAGUAUUGAAGCACAAAAAGGAAGCUGGGAAGGAGGACAGUUGAGCAGGGUAGAAUAAGCCAAAGAGUUAUUUACUAGAUUGACCAUUAAAAGUAAAUGUAAGGCUAAAAUAGCUGAACUGAAAAAAAUCUGUUACCUAUGCAUCAAGUACAGCUACUUUUGACCUAAAAUUUCAAAUGAACUGUUUUAUUGUUUUAAAGCAAUAUUGCUUAAUAAUUUAACUCUAUACUACAUGUUAUAGUUAAAGCUGACCUGUCAUUUUUUUUUUAAUUUUUACACAAAGACCCCUCCUGGAUGGUCCAUGUGUGGGUUAGCAACACUUGAAGGGAGGUUAAAUGUAUACUUAACUAAUAUUUUCCCUCAUUAUCACCACCAUUUUCCGUCCGUAACUGUUAGGACAUGUGCAUAUCAAAGAUUACGUACAUUGUACAGCGCUAUAUAAAUAAUAAAAUAUCAUAAGUCUAUGGAAAAUUACUUGAAUGUGGGCUCCUUCACAAAUGUGUUCAUAAAUAUAUUUACAGAAUCAUUGCAAUAAAAGGCAUCAUAAAGAUAGAAAGGACUACUUGCCUUUAAAAAGGGGAAAUAAUUAAAUUGCAGGGUUAACUCCACCACUAGUGGCUGUCUACCACGCCACGCCACGCCACAUGUGCAAAUAUAAAUUUUAAUCUAGUGCUAAGGAAUGUUUAAACAAAUGCUAUGCUCCAUAUGUUGGGAAAGAUUUUAAUUUGCCUGGUUGAAAGUACACUCCGAGGACAAUAACUAAUACAGCACAUUGUAAUGGUUAUAAUACCAGGAGCUCCCUUGCACCUCCAAUGUAAAUAGUUAAAAUGGUUUGACCUCUUACCUGGGAUCCACCAGGUGCUGGUCCUUACUUCAGUGGGAGGUGGAAACUCUGAACUACACGUAGCAAACUCCAAAUAAGAAAUUUAAAGUGUUAUCAAAUGGUUUGAUUCUUUUCAUUGGGAGGGAUGGCCGUGUACUCCUGUCUCCAUUACCACUACAGUGUGAUGUAGUAGUAUUUAAAGUGCUUGGAGUGUUCUUUUAAUAAUAAUGUUGCUUUGGGGUAGCCAUUACAAUAAACCAACUUUUUUUUUUUUUUUUUUUAAAUUGACAUCUGUUCGCUGGGAAUGCUUUUAGAAGUAUAUCCCGAAUCAGUGAUAUUACAUGAAUAUUACCCAUUCUACUUUAUCUAUGUAUCCCCACAUACACAGAUUUUUCCAUUCAAUGAAUGUCAUACAGUGAAUUAUCAUAACUGAAAUAGUUAUGGUGUGUUUUCUUCAUACCACUUAUGGAAAAAUUUGCUUGUCUGUGAUUUUGUUUCUUGCAGUCAGACCUUCAAAGUUAUAUCUGCUUUUACUAUAACGGCAUGGAACGAUGACACUCCUAGCUCAAGAAACUUGUCGAUGUAGUGAAAUCCUUUUUGGUGUAUGAUUAAACUGCUUUUAAGCCUGAAUUUCCCAGAUGGAUGAUAUAGCAGUUCAGAACAGAGAGUGUGAGCUGAAGCUUUGUUAGAAGUGGGUGAAAUAGCAUAAGGAUGGCUGAAAACCAGGAGGAUGAUGAACCUCUUAUUCUUACUUUGGAAGAAAAUGGUGAUUGUGCUGAUCAUUCUGCAGAUGGAACAAACAAUGAUACGACUUCAGGUGAGACUGAUCAGCCAUUGAGCUGUGUUGAUUCAUAAAGGUGUAUUAUAAAUAACCGUUCCAACAAUCCAUAUCUAAUAACACACAGUUCCUAUUCUGAUGGUCAGCCUUUAAAUGAACACUCUAGACUACUGGUGCCCAAACUUUUUACCCCCUAAUAUUUUGAUAUUUUUCCAAGGCGUCAAAACAAAUUUCUAGGUAGUAUAUAUGUACAGCACUGCGGCAUAUACUGCGUCCCUAUUCAGCAGAAAUGUUUCCAGUUCAAGGGUGGAUCCAGAACCUAAUCUUGGGAGGGGUACUGGUAGAUUAUUUAAAAAAAAAAAAAAAAAUCCAGGCACAAUUACCACUACAGCACUCUGUAGUGGUUAUGGUGCCAGGAGUGCUGUGGUGCCCUCCCAAGGUAAGUAGUCAAACUGUUUAAGAACAGUUUGACAAUUUACCUGGGAUCUGCAGGGAUAGGGGCUGUAUUAAGGGCAGUAGUGUGUGUGUGUGUGUGUAUAAACAUUUUCAUAUCACCCCUCCUUUCUUUCCUUUGCCUGGGAGGGGGACAGUACGAAGCCCUGGUGAUCCAUGUGAUGAGAGUGAACUCUAGCAGCUCCUGAGGCUAAGUUCACUCUCGCAAGAUUUUCUCCGAGCUUGCAACAGAAGAACCCAGCGGAGCUGCAGGUUAGAGCUCCCCUGGGUCUUCUCUCCCUCACAUGCCAGCUGCCUGCAGGGAGAGCAAGGCACGGUUCCCCAUGCUAUGAUUAUAGCACUGGGGAAAACAUUUUGCAACUCCCCUGUGUGCCUGUCACACAGUUUGGGAACCGCUGCUCUAGACACAUACAGCACUUCUGCAAGCUGAAUUGCUUUAUUUGUCUGGAGUCUUCCACCUUCUUGACAGUUUAUAAAAGUGCAGAUUUAAAUAGGAACUGGCACUUUUAUAACUGGGGGCAGAAACACAUCCUUGGCUGUCACUCACACAGCCAGGAAGGUUUUCUUCCACUUCCGUUAGCUCUCCAAAAGUAAUGAAAAUGGUAGGAAUGCUAGAUUAGCACGCGCCUGAUACAGAGCGUGAGGACUGUGACAAACUCCCGUGUUCAAGUGAGUAUGCCACGAGUUCCUGGAGAAGCCUGCUUGCCAGCCUCCUGCCCACAGACUAUGGACCUUAAUAAAUGAUUUGGUUACUGAACAACCGCACGAACCAGAGACCACCCUGUAGCUUGUUAACACCUAUUAACAACUUGGAAGGUUUCUCACCGCAGUGUUCUAAUUGUUCGUCUGGGUGGCCGCAAUUCCUAUGGACAACCACGAGGUGGCGGCCAUCUUGUUCACAUGAAUGCAGGCAGCGGUGUUUGGGCAUGAAUCUCAUGGAACUAAAAUCGGACACAGAAACUCCUGAACACCGCUGGACUUUCAUCAUCGCCUACGUUCGGUUCUAUACAACUUAGAAGGGCACUGUUCGGUGAAAUCAUUCAUCUGGAUGAGAACAAGCUCCAGCGUAAGACUAUUGACUCUGUUCGGUAGUUUGUUUCUUUUCAAACUACUGAAUUAGACCGACCACAAGCCCUGAUUCUCUGGAACUGUUUUGGGCAUGGGUCCAUGCUUGCGGUCGGUCAAAUUAAGACUCCCAGGAAAUUCCUGAACUCUUCUGGGUGAUUUUUGUAUAUGUUGGUCACCCAGAUCAGGACUAUCAGGGGAUGUAACUUUUGUGGUGUUUUGAAAAAGUAUGUUUUUUUUCUGUGCUUGGAAAUAAAUGGAUUAGAAUUAGUACAGUUCCUGAUCCAAUUAUCUCCCAGGUACAGAGGAGGGAUUAUCUGAUUUUGUAUGGGAGUGUCCUGGACCUAAAAGCCAAUGUAAUUGUGUAUUUGCUCCUACUGUGGUUUACUCUAAGGUCCAGGGGCAAGUGCCCCUUGCAUGGGGACAUGCAUAUAAGGCCAGUUGUGGCUGCCAUUAAAGUAUUCCAGCUUGCACUCCAAAACUGUGUGUUGUCCUUUUAUUGGAGGGAAGGAAGAUUUAACCCCUGUAUCUGCUGUUCCAGCUUGCAGGCGAUUCAACGGGGAAAGUCCUUGUAAGGACUAGAGCUCCCAUGACUGAGUGUCGACCAGUGCCUUGGGGUGUCUAGAGUGAAUUCCCCAUUCGGCUCCAGGAAGGAGCGGUACCAGGGCCCCGUCAAGCUGCAGGGAAGGGGUUGAAUUUUAUUUGAAAGGGGUGAGGGGGGUAGGAUUUUAUAACUAACAGGUUUUUUUACAGCGAGAGACAGAUCUGCACCGAUCAACUCUCUGCACUUCACAGCUCACACGGAGCUGCAGGGAGACAGAUCGGCUUUCACUGCAUCAUGUGUGAUCGCUCUGACUCUGGGCUGAAUCAGUGAAACUGCUUGCUGAAGUGUGCCUCUAACGCGGAGACACACUACAGGAACAUUAACCCCACGAUUGCCGCAAUUGUGGCAAUCUGGGUUAAUUUUAGUAUUGGAUGGAAAUUUUCCGUUCUGCGUCAUUAAAGGACCACUAUAGGCACCCAGACCACUUCAGCUUAAUGAAGUGGUCUGGGUGCCAGGUCCAGCUAGGUUUAACCCUUUUUUCUAUAAACAUAGCAGUUUCAGAGAAACUGCUAUGUUUAUAAAUGGGUUAAUACAGCCUCUAGGGCUUCCGCGCUUCUCACUGUGAUUUUCACAGUAAUAAGGAAGUAUUAGCCUGAGCAGCAAUGUGCAGUUGUGAUUGGCUGAGAGUGUCAGAUGACUGCUUUUAACCUGUCAGAGCUCCAACUGACGGUAUGAAUGGGUAUGACAACAAGGAAGUGUGUAAUCUCUGCCUGAGCUACACAUACAGAAGGGGCCGGACUGUGGGUGGCCAGGGACUCUUAUUUUGUGGCUUACUGCACAAACAUGUGCAACACUGAAUGGAGUGACAGUGCCAGGGCACUCCAGGCACUAUAACCAAUUCAAAGAGACAAAGUGGUUAUAGUGACUACAGUGUCCCUUUAAGGCGCUAUUCGUAAAAAUAGUGUUAUCAAGUUUGUCUUAAUACUUGUUUAUUUCCCAUGCAUGUCCCACUCCUUGCAUGUUUUACACUGAAACCGGCUUAAUAUUGGGACCAUUCUGUCCUAGAGGUAUUUUUUUUUGCAGUAAUGCAGUUUGGAUUUCACCUCAGGAAGAUCGCCAGUGAAUCUUUUGUAAUCAAUCAACUAUAUUAAAGAUUAUUGUUGAUGUGCAUAUGUUUUAACCAACCCCUCAAUCCGCCAACAGACAUCUGCACUAUAGCUCGCCCUUUCCAAAAAGUGUGGCCGUUAACUUUGUAACUUUGUAACUAUAAGCCACUUAUGCUUGCUACGGACAUGGAUGUUACUGAUAUAUUUUUCUACUUGGUUGUAACAUACAAAGCGCAAAAAUGUUCCUAAAAUAGCAGUUAAUUGUCUAAGUGGUUAUGUCCUGUUGCUGUCUUGAAUUUCUGAAUUUGCUAUUUACCUUGUUAAUGCCAAAGGACAGUGAGAAAUUUCUAAGUAGAAACAAAACAAACAACAACUAGAUUUUGAUACUUUUGUUUAACUUUCAUUUUUUCAUGUUAAGUACACCCACCACACACAUAUUAUAUAUACAUUUUCAAGGAAAUAUAGGUUUGUUUUGGGUAUAUUGUAGCCAAUAGAUAAAUGAGUCUUUUUUUUUUGGGGGGGGGGUAAUAUUUCAUAGCUUUUACAAAAAUCACAGCUUUGAAUUUGGAAUGAAAAAGAAAAUGUCAAAUUUGGACAUUAUUUUGUCAAAUCUGAUUGCGUAUACUUUAAAAUCUGAGUGUCAGGAAAAGAAACAAACUGUUUUCCCUUGUGCUGUAUAGCUGAGCUGUGUGACUGAUCACAGCUCCUGCAAGUCUCCAUAUGUCAGAUCAUAAAAGGAGAUCAGCCAAACAUGGUGUUACUGAGGAAUUCUGUCCGGUUUCUUUUAGAACCUGUGGGUGCCCCAUGACAGCCCCAGCAACCCCACAAAGCCAUUGAUGACAUGGAGGUUCGGCCAUACUGUAAUAUGUAACUGGUUUCACUUUGAGCACUUGUUCUAUCUGAUAAGAGCACUAAAUCUGUUAACUGCUGACCAAAAGGAGCUCUAUCAGUUGAUACAUGAAUCUCCUCCUUGCAAGCAGUGAUUUAACCCUAUUAGCACUUAAACUGAAGGGAAUUUCACGCUCUCCUAAGUGAUUUUAAUGCCUACUUCUAGGAAAGAUUGGAACAUCCUAUGGAACUUUAAGGGUUUAAAGAUUCAAACUUGUUCAAAGUUGAUGUUUAAGCUCAUGUAUGUUUUCAUUUGAGGGCUAUCUACUAAGAAGUGUUCCAUUCGUUACACAGUUUAAUGGAAGAACCAUAACGCUUGGCCGGAUUGCUUUCCUCUACAUAUAUCAUUGUGCCUUAUAUCACUGAGAAUUAUUGAGUUUAACAGAUAAUAUGCAAUAUUGUUUUCUUGUUGGAUUCAACAGUUAUCUAAUCCUUCCCAAUCUCCUCCUGCAGUGCGAUUAGAGUAUGAUCGGCUUACAGACAUCUCGGAGCAAGGCCGUAUAUCAGACAAUUCAGCCACAAGCUGGGAGACACGAUACCAAGAAGCUGCCAUCUACCUCCAGGUCAGAACAAGGCACCGUCCAAGAAAAUCUUAAGGUUUAGAACAUAAUGAAUGCCAGUGGGAAAAUACAUAUUAUCUGCCCAUUUGUAAAUGAUUUCAUUUUGGCUUCUGUGAAAUGGAAUUUUAAAGCGACAUAGUGUUUUCUUCAUAGACAUUUAGACAUAUUUUCUAACAUUUUGCCUUGUGUUUAAACAUGUGUUGGAAAACUUUUUUGUAUAUUUUUUUUUUUAAUGACUUUUAUUCUGCAGAGGGUUUAAACAUCGUCAUUUUUCCCAUCAUCCAUGUCAACUAUUCUUCUCUGUUUUUUCUGUCUCUUCUCCCCAUCCCGUCUUCUGCCUCUUAAAAAACCAUUCCUUGCACAACCAGCCUCCAGUUGUCUCUGAUAAUGAUCCCUGUACUGUUGUAAAGCCAUCUCAAGGCUUAAUUCUUGAUAUCAUCCCAUUCUUUAUCUAUACCACUCCACGUGUUGACUUUCAUUUUUAUCAAGACUUCAGUAACCAUAUAUUUUUCUCACUGGCUUCCCUUUUUCUACAGUGUUCUUUACGUUCACCAAAUAAAAUCAGACUGAACUAUAAUUCUUUUCUGUUCUGCAACGUUUCCAUUAUUUCUUUCCCUCCUUUCACAGUCUCCCCUUCACCCCAGUUUGUUAAUAUGUGUUAUCCAUGAAUCAUUUCUUUUCACUUUUCUUUAUCAAACACACCUGCUAUGUUCUGCUCUUUUUGCUUUCAACCUCUAAAAAGCCCUACUGUUAUUCACUGUCUCAGCUGUAAAAUUCUUAUCCACUUCCUUGUCUUUACCUGGCUUGACUAGAGACUUUCCAUCCUGCUUGGUCUUCUGCAAAAUUCUAUUAUCCCACAUAAACCAAAACAAAAAUAAUCCAAAAGCUACUUCUAUAGCCGCCUCAGCAUGCCUUCGUCUGCUUGUGUCUCUACAUUUAUUAAACACUCCAUUAGCUUCUGAUAAAACAACUUUGUUUUUGCAUUCACCAGUACAAAUCACUUCACAACAUUACUCCUACCUACCUCUCCCCACUCAUUUCACACUAUACCUCUACUACUGUAUGCUCUCUAACGUUUACCUGUCCCCACUAAUCUGUGAGCUCUGGGCUUUAAUUUUUUUCACUCCUAAUUGUAUACUGUGUGCUCACUAAUAACCUUUCACAAAGGUCUGAAAUGUUCUGUAAGACCUCUAACAUAACGUAGAGUACCCAUACAUACUAUAUUUUAUCAAAUCGAUGCUGAUGACCGUGGCGUAAAUAGGGUAUAGCAAAUGCUCUGGAUCACUUGAAGGAGGCACUACCGAGCAGUGGCCUUUCCUGGAUUGUUUAAUUCUUUUAGUCUUGCUACAGGCAAUUGGCAGGUUUGCCUUUGUGUGGAGAUCAAAGAUGGCAGUUUGAGGUUUGCACACUCAUCAAGAGGUACAGUAAUUGGUUUGUUGUGGUCCAGUGCUCGCUAGUGAGUCAGGGUGCAGCCUCCUGAUGUUCCCAGCUUGCAAUCAGACUCGCUGAGAAUAGAUCUGUGAAGGAGCAAUUACUGAGGUCUGCAUCUGCUGGUGGUGUUCACCUCAAGCUCCUCCGCUGGACCAUCAGGUACUCAGAACCUGCAGGCAGAUUUAACCCCUGCUGGACCACCAAGGAGCUAAUGUUAGCAUUCCAGAGAUCGAUAGUUUGCUACAGCAGUUUUAAAUACCUUUACUUUAGAAAGAUAUAAUUUAACUGCAUCUACUGUAUGUGUGCUUUUUGCUUAAAUGCAGACAUUCUUUUUACAUUGUGUUGCUAUUUGUAGCAAGCUAUACUGCUUGUAAUGCCUUCUAAAAUUCCUUACAAAUACCUAUAAGCAAGUUAUUUGACCAUUUUUUAUUUAUAUGUUACACCUACCGUAUGUGAGAAAAAAAUUCAUUUUUUAUUUUACACUAACAUUUCAUACCCUGUGAGAAACAUUGCAAGAUAAAUGCCACUGUAUACUGUAAAGAUUUUCAUUGUGCAAAUAUUUUUAUAUUUAUAACAUGUAAAGAAAAUCGGUUAAUCUAUGUUUUGUUUUAUCUCCACUAUAAAUUUAGUACAAAAAGUUAAAAUAUAUUUUUUAAAGUAUUUACAGGAUGUAGAAAAGUACAUAUUUACUGAACCAAAUAACUUAUGUAAUGUUAGGUUAUAUCAUUAAACGUAAAUUAUACACAGGGUGAUUAAAGUACAUCACAUGCUUCAAUUGCUCUCCAAAGUGCACUAAAUUCCAAAGAUUUAGGAUAUGGUUUAUUAACUCAAGGACUAAUAGUUCUGAGAAAAGUUAAGGCAAGAUGAUAACUGAUGCAUGAAAUUUAGGUUAAAGUAGCUGAUCUGGGGGAGAAAAAUCAGCAAAUCUGAGUUGUUGUUUUUUUGCAACUAAUUUUCAGCUACAAAUCCCACUUUGUGGAUACUGGCAGUCAGUUUCACUUAUCUUAGAGCAUUGAUGAACAUUUGACACUCCAUCUGCUGUGGGCUAAUAGCUCCAUGAUAUUCAUCCACCUACUGUUGAGGAUAAUGGGAACCUAAGUUCAUAAGAGAUGGAGUGCCAGAGUUCAGGUGUCACUGUCCUUAACAUGAUUCAAGCAACAACUUAUUUAUAAAGAGGGAGAGCGAAAAUAAAUCCAAGCAUGAUAGUGCUCUGUACACACCCUUGAUGAGUAGUAUAGUAGUAUUCUAACAAUUAACUGUACAUCAUAGAGGUUAGUUUUACAAACGUUGUAAGAUCUUCUCUCUUUUAUGAGUGGCCUGAUAUGUGUAAUGGAUUUCUCUUACAUUUUACAGGAGGGAAAGAAUAAUGACAAAUUUUACACACAUCCCCGUGAUGCCAAGGCGCUUUCUGCAUAUCUCUUUGCACACAAUCAUUUUUUUUAUUUAGUGGAACUCGGCACAGGGCUUUUGUUGUUGCUGCUCUCAGUAUGCGAAGCUCCAGCUGUUCCCUCUCUGCGGCUGGAUAUUUAUGUAAGUAAUGAAAUGAUUGUUUGAUUAAAGGUAGUAUUUCAUUCUGCUUCACUCUAAGUAGAAUUUAUUCUUAUUGUGUGGGUUAAAUGUCUUCACAUUUGUUUUUUUGUUGUUGUUUUGUAACAUUUACCUGUAUUGUCUGUUGCUUUUGUCAGAUUGUGGUUUACCCCACGUUAUUUCCAUACUUGUAUUGCCUCAACCACAUCGUCAGCUUCAUAUCUAUGUUCUUAUGGUUUUUGUGUGGUUUUAUGGAUACUGUUGACAGUGACACAUACACACACAAAGAUGUUGUAAUGUUUUAAUGCUAAACAAGAGACCACGGCAGUCCAUCCCCUCUGUGCUGCUUUGGCUAAUAAGGAAGUAUUACCCUGAGCAGCAAUGGGCAGCUGUGAUUGGCUGAGAAUGUCAGCUGACUGCUUUUAACCUGUCAGAACUCCUAAUGACGGUAUGAAUGGGUAUGACAACAAGGAAGUGUGUAAUCUCUGCUUUAGCUACACAUACAGAAGGGGCCGGACUGUGGAUGGCCAGGGACUCUUAUUUUGUGGCAUACUGCACAAACAUGGUGCAAAACUGAAUGGAGGGACAGUGCAAUACAAUUAACAUUUGCAUGAGCAACUAAGGACAGCAUACCGAAGCCCAGCACACAGAGAGCCCCACUGAUUAUGACCCAACUUCCAGGACACUAAAGUGCCCAGGAGAUGUCCAGUCUCCUAAACCUGUAAAUGUGUCCAUCCCUGUCGCAAGACUUGUCCAUUAAUGUAACAUCUGUGCAUCUUAUGAGGCAAGUCUUUUCUUCUGAAACAUGCUUGUCAGACUGCUGUGAUUAUUUGACUUCCAAGUCAAUCAUUCACAGUGCUUUUACUGAGAACUCCAUGCAUGAGAAGACCCUGAUGAAGGCUUUUCUGCCAUGAAUACACAUUGCACAGAACCCUUGAUGGACUGACAAAGAUUAUUUUCCUUUAUUUAAUGGGGAGAUUUUGCAUUUGGGAAAACACACUAGCGACCGCGACUUUUGCAAGUAAUGGGUAGUCCGAAAAGCUUAUGGAAAUGAGCCAUUUGUGUUUGUAACUAGAGCAGAGAAAGUAAUCUGCAUGUUGAGCUGUGAGAGGUGCUGACAGUAACUUGGUGAGCUAAUCAAUUCAAACAUUUAUGGCAUGUUGUUAAACCUGUCCCAGUCAUACAGGUUUCUACUUUCCAUGCUCUUCAGAUGCUAUAUGUACAAAUGAAAUAGUUCCAUGUACAUAGAUAAUAAAUACUUGGUUUAUCCACAUGGACUGUGUUGGACUUUGUAAUUAGAUAAAUAUAGCAAUGUACUUCACUGCUGAGGAAAAGGAUAACUUGCUUUAACAACUAUAAAAGUAACACAUUGUAAAACAAAAUCUUCUAAACUUGAUGAGAGAGUGGUUUGUUCUUUUAAAAAGAGGCUGGGAUUUCUGAGGAAGAUACAUAAUCUAUCUCUGCAUCCUUGCUUUAGAACAACACCUAUCCAACAUGUCUGCAAAAUCUCUGAAAGGUCCCUUUAAGCACGUAGCAAUUUUGUAUCAUUGCAGAGGUCAUGGUACAUAGAGUACCCCAAACCCUUUCUUUUUUUCCUGCAGUGAUUUGCAUAAUAUACUGUGAUUUAUGAGCUUCCUGUGCAUCUCCCAGACAUCAAAGCAAAAUUCUUCCUUACUCUUUGCCAUAUGAGAAUCGUCCUAAUCCAAACGUACUGUCGCACUUUUAGUAACCAAGUAAUAUCUGCUACCCCUACUGGAGCACCACGGGCAGGGAUCCACAGUCUCUUAGCAUUAUUAAAAGUCAGAAUCCACAGGCUUCUCAGUGUUGUGCCAAAAGUGAUAAUUUAUUGAGGAUCAGAAGAACAAAAUCAUAUUCAAUGUUUAUGCAUCAAACCUUAAUUAUGUAUAUGAGAUCUGUCCAUGUUCAGUAUGUGUCUGUGGCAUGCUCACACUGCGGACAAAUAGAAUGGAUCUGUCUCCUCUUCUGUACAGAGGAAUGCCACAUGCAGCUGUGAGCUUGGUUACACAUAUAUCUUCACAAGGCUGUAAACCUGGCUAUGCAUUAAUGGAACUCCAGCUAGGUCAUAAACUAAUUAUCCCAUAAACUUCUGUCCAGCGGGCUCCUGCUUGGAUGGGCCACGUCUUGGUCAGGAAGGAAUCAAUAUGUUGAUGAUACUUGCUUGUGCAGGGGCUGCAGCUUUAGGAAACGUAAAGGUAUUUAUUUAUUGGCUCAUACACGGUCACUGUCUUAUGCCCAUUUACAUUUUCAGCGUGGCCAUUGGUAUAUGCAUGAGACUGUUACUGUAAUGACAUUGUAACUUACUGAUGAUCCAUACUGAUCCAGUUAUCCCUACAAUUUUUGGUCUGUGAGAAAUACUCCAGCUCAAGCAUUUCAAGAGGUAUGCCGUAAUAUGUUUUUAAGUGGGAGAGAGCCAGCUCACACUCUUCUUUUUGGAAGUGUGAGUUGUGGGAAUGCUAGUAGUAUUUAUUUGCACUUCCACACAAAUUAUGUAAUCACAUUGAAUGAGGAAUUUUGAAAUGCACUUUGACAGUGGUGGAGUAGAACUUAAUCUAUCACUUCAGAUUCAUAAACAGAGCAAUUUUAUGUUUGUUUUUGUGUGUGUGUGUGUAUGUAUGUAUGUAUGUAUAUUUAUCUCCAGGUCUUUAUCUCACAUCUUAUUUACAGGUGGUUGUUAUAAUUUACUUAUAGGUUCAUGCUACUUUGGAACUGUUAGCUCUUGCACUGGUGAUGUUUGAAUUGAGCAUGAAGAUGAGAUGGCUUGGGUGCCGAAGUUUUCUCAAGCAUCGCAGGACCAUGCUGAAGGUCAGGGGUGACUCCGUAAACUUGAAAACAGGGCAGUGUUUUGUUCCGAAUUUACAAAUAAUAAAAAUUAUGCCGUAAAUUUGAUAUUUUCCGAGAAAAAAAUUAGCUUGGUUGUAUUGCUCUAAGUUAUGUUGAAUUAUUUAAGUCCCAUAGAUGUAUCCUUAAAGUAUAUUGUUUAGAUUUUGCAAUUUACACAUAUACAGUGUAUUUAAGCCCCUUAAUUUUUUCCAUAUUUUUUUAAUAUUGCAACCAUAUGCCACAUAUGUUUCAAUAAUUUUUUUCACACCAAUCUACAUUCAAUAUCUCAUAAUGACAAAGCAAAAAACAGAUUGUUGAAAUCUCUGCACGUCUAUUCUAAAGAAAACUGAGAUGUCACAUUGACAUAAGUAUUCUGAACCUUUGCUAAGACACAUGAAAUUUAACUCGGAUGCAUUCCAUUUCUCUGGAUCAUCUUUGAGAUGUUUUAACACUCUAAUUGGAGUCCACCUGUGGCAGAUUUAAUUGAAUAGACAUGAUCUGGAAAGGCAUGCACCUGCCUAUAUAAGAUCUCACAACUUUAACCCCUUAAGGACCAAACUUCUGUAAUAAAAGGGAAUUAUGACAUGUCACACAUGUCAUGUGUCCUUAAGGGGUUAAAUGCCCUUCAGAGCAUGAAACAAGCCAUGAGCUCAGAGGCAGCAUUAUGUGGGGGAACAGAUCUGGGAAAGGCUAUUGAAGUAGUUUGGAACAGCCAUUAAUCUUUUUAGAGCUGGCCACCCAGACAAGCUGAGCAAUCAUGGGAGAAAGGUUUUCAUAAGAGAGGUGACCAAGAACCAAAUGGUCACUCUGGGUGAGCUCCAGAGAUCACAUGUGAAGAUGGGAGAAAUUUGCAGAAGGGCAACCAUCACUGCAAUACUCCACCAAAAUGGCAUGACAGACUGACCAAAUGGGGACCUUUUCCCCAUUAGAUGACACAUGAAAGCCCACUUGGACUUUACAAAAAAGACUCUCAGACUGCAAGAAGCAAAGUUUUAACUGUUUGGCAUCAAUUCUGGGGCAAACUAAGCACCGCUCAUUACUUCCACAAUAAUAUCCCAACAGUGAAGCAUGGAAAUAGUAGCAUGGAGGUGUUUUUCAGCAGCAGAGAUUAGGAGACUAUUUAGGUUGUGGUAAAGCUGAACCCAGCAAAAUACAGAGAUCUCCUUCAUGAAAACCAGAGCACUGAGGAUGUCUCUAAAGAUUCACCUUUGUAAAGGACACUGACCCUAAGCAUGCAGUCAAGACCAAGCAAAAGUGCCUUUGGAACAACUCUGUAAAUGUUCUUGAGUGACCCAACCAGAGCCUGGACUUGAAUACAAUCAAAUAUUUCUGGAGAAACCUAAAAAUGGAUGUACACCAACAGUGCCCAUCCUACGUGACAGAGUUUGAGAGGAUCUGCAGGAUUGACCCAAAUCCAGGUGUACAAAGAUUUACAUCAUACCCAAAGAGACAUGAGUCUUUUGCCGCUGCCAAAGGUCCUUCAACUAAGUACUGAGUUAAGGGGUUGAAAACUUAAAUGUAAAUUAAAAAAAUGAUUUAUUUUCUUAAAUUUUUUUUUUUAUCUGCAAUGGUGUGAAAAAUCUGGUUUUGCCUUUGUUAUGGGGUAUUUAGUGUAGAUUGAUGUGGAAAAAGAUGAUUUAAAAAAAAAAAAAAAAAAAAGAAGGCAUCUAAGUGCAUUUGAAUGCAGAUCUGCAUGUGUUUGUAAAUACUUUAUUAAUUGGCAACCAUUGUUAAUAUACUCAUCCUUACUCUACAGAGUGGUGUGCUACUGUUGCAACUUAUCGAAGCCAUUGUAGUGCUAGUGAGACAGACUUCACACAUGCGCGUAACUCGAGCCCUGCGCCCCAUUUUCUUGGUGGACUGUAGAUACUGUGGAGCUGUACGGAGGUAAUCUAAAUUGUAUAUGUAGAUGCAGAACUGACCAGUAUAGUAAAUUGCACACCAGUAGAAAUAACGUGCAUGUCUAGCUGUACAGGUAGAAAGCAAGUGACAUUUUCGUAAGAAAAGGACAAAAGGACAUAGCGAGUAGGAGAGGGUAUUAAUACUAUUCAUCAUGUGGAGGUUUGUCAGUGAAAACAGAUGCAACUUGAAAAUGCUUGUUAAAAUUUUGUAAUUUUGAAGAGAUCAUAUGCACAUAUAUUACAUCCACCCGCGUUUGCUAUGAUGGGUUCAUUAUGUUUGUAUUGUUUUUUUUCAUUAUCUGUAUUGUUUGAUAUAUUUUUGGAUACAUUUACAAGGUUAUAAAGUUUGUCCAGUUUUUGUCUUUCAAAGUACAGUACAGAUGCAAGCUUAUGGUGUUUAUGUUAGAGUGAUUGUCUAAAAAUCUAAGCUUUGGGGGCGGAGCCUGCGCUCGAACGGAAUGGCCGCGUGAGAGGAGAGCUCCCGAGCCGACGGCUAAACACAGCGGCACAAUCAGCAUCUUACCGGCACAUAUACUCCCCAGAGUGGGGUACUGCCAUCAUGUCACAGAGGGGAGCAAGGAGGGUGACCGAUGCCAAGGAAAAACACUCGUUUUUUGCCGCGAAAACGGCAAGCCACAAGUCACAGGCUCAGACAGGACAAGAUGGCGACGGCAGUGGGGAUGAACAGGAAAUUCCCCAGCCACAUUCCCCACAACAGCCUGCUCCCAGCACCAUGCAAAUACAUGGUGAGCAGUUCCAGACAAUGUUAGAUGACAUGGCUGCAAAAAUACAAACGACAGUCCAUGCUGCAAUAGCGGACCUAAAGAAAGAUAUUGCCGACAUAGGAAACCGUACAGCCCACAUGGAAAGUAAAAUGGCGGAAUAUGCCGAAGCACACAACAGCAUGGCGGAAAAAAUUGAGGAGCUGGAAGCAAAGCUUGAGAAGCAAGAAAUAAAAAACAUGGACCUUGAGGACAGAUCCAGGCGCCAAAAUCUCCGGGUGAGAGGUAUACCUGAAGACGUACAGGCUCCAGACCUCAUGACGUACCUCACAGACCUGUUCCAUAUCUUGGCUCCUGAUAUCCCAAUCGACAUGCUACUCAUGGAUAGGGCGCACAGGGUGGCAAAGCCACAACAUCUGCCAGCCUCAAUACCGAGGGACGUGAUGCUCAGACUACACUACUAUCACGUAAAAGAAUCCCUCCUGCGCUCCAAGAAACCUCAACAAGAUCUACCGGACCGAUAUAAAGAGGUCCAGAUAUACGCAGACCUUUCGGCCGAAACUCUUAGACGCAGGAAAACUUUCAAGGACGUCACAGCUGAACUCAGGAACAGGAAAAUUCCGUACCGCUGGGGAUUCCCAAUCAAGCUAUUGAUCCUACGAGACGGCAAGACCCAAAUCGCCUCAACAGCAGAAGAAGGAACCCGGCUGCUGCGCUCUUGGGGCAUCUCUCUAGCUACAAACAGAGACAAACCAAUCAAACGGCCGACAUUGCACCAAGAAUGGCAGACGGUGAAACACUCCAAAACGCCGAAACAUACCGCAGCACAGUGAUGGAAGCCAAGGGAUGACGAAUGACAUCCAUGCGGAGAGAACUAAGCAACAUACACCAUAGACAUUGCUAAUCUUUCUCAGGGACUUUGGGACACUGUUCACUGUCGACCAAGGGAAGCACGACGGGAGAGGGUAAUAUAAUCGCUACACCUGUAUUUGUGCUAACACUAUAGAUCAAUAAUCCAUAUUUGCAGAGAAAAGGGGGAGGGGGACACGGGAGGGGGGAGAGGAACUGGGAGUGAAGGGGCAGCAGGAGGGGAAAGCUAACCCAUCAUGGGGCAGGGACCCCGUCUAGACAGCAAGACACGACCCACGCGGGAUGGUCUCCGUCACUACAGCCCCCCCUGAAAACAUACCCACUAACUACCCCACCCACCCAACAUAACCAAAAUGGGAAGUGGGAUCAAGGGCUCACAGUGGUGAGGCAUGGAGGGAGGGAGGGCGGAGCCACAGGAGUAACACCUGUACAAGGUCAGAAGACAUUAGGGGCAUAAAACCAAGCAAGAGCAGAAGCUCCACAGUCAAUAUCGACCAUUGGUCCCUAACAGUGCUACCUAAACCAUGCGCACCAUCCUUCCCACAAAGCGAGCCAACAGGCGGGAAUCCACACAAGGGCCACUGCUACCCCCGCCCCCUAGGGGACGCGAGGCAAAGUAAAGUAUAGAGUCACCGGUAACACGGACUAAAAGUUGGGAUCGGGGGAGCAAGUUGUUGCCUCUCUGCCAAUCCAACGCCCGCAGCCCCCCCUAGAUAAGUGAUAAUUCCAAACCUCUACGAUAAAAACCCACUUGCCCAUCUCCGCAUCAAGAACACAGGAUUGAUGGUAUGUUCCCUCUGAUCCUACCGACACUCCACUUGAGUUAGACAACCCUCAAAACAAAUCCCCAAGGUAGCCUAGAUUAGAGCCGCUGGCUUGGGGUGGCGCCCACUGACUCGGCCAGGAAGCCAGAACCGGACUUCCCAACCCCCCAGAUAGGGAGAGCUAGUAGGAGGAACUAGCGGGUUGAAUUGCGCCCUGAUGGACGACCAGGGCACAAGGGCCAGAUCUCUAACAAUGUUUUGUUUAUGUUAUUGUAAAUAUGUUAAAGGUUUUCGAUUCACCUAUGCUCAAAGGCAAAUCACACCAUCUAUAUCUGUAUGCAAUUCACACAAAGGCAGGGUUAACAUUCCACUAGUACACUAUAUCCGCCUUACAGAACCGAAUACGGUACAUCCGCCACACCUACGCAUAACGAAAAACACCCCCAGCCACUCUUCUCAGAGCAAGAGCGGCGACCCACCGUUAGCCACCACUCGAGACAGUGAAGACCAAGAUAGCACAUCCAAUUCCCACAUACAUUCAGUCUAAAACUAUACUCCCACAAUGUACAGGGAUUAAAUAUCCCACAAAAGCGUCACACUCUGAGCAGGGAACUUAAAAAAACGCAUGCAGACAUAGUAUUUCUCCAGGAAACACACUUUAGAACCGAUGCUCACCCCCACGUAAGUCCUAACAUGUACCCCCACCAAGCACAUUCCACCACCCCGAGAAAAUCUCGAGGCGUCUCAAUUCUCCUCAGCAAAGACCUCACGAUCAUAUCACACAACCAAUUAAUAGACCAGGGGGGGAGAUACAUCGUAUGGCACUGCACCAUUAACGAAACAGAAUACACACUGGCGAAUAUAUAUGCACCAAACAUCAACCAAAGAAAUUUUCUGCAUGCAGUCCUCUCUAAAAUUGAAAAAAUAAGAAAAGGCACUCUAGUCAUAAGCGGGGACAUAAACCUUGUGUUGGACCCCACACUAGAUUCAACUAGGCCGCCCACGUCGCCCCACUACAAAACCAUGAAAAAACAAGGCAAAAGCCUUGGGAACUUACUAGCCACAUAUGGACUGAGAGACGUGUGGAGAGCCCUCCACCCUUCAGAAAGGGCCUAUACACACCACUCCAAAGUACACAAUACAUACUCUAGAAUUGACGGGUGCUUCAUGCACGAAUCCACAAUGUCCAACAUCUUAGAAUGCGAAAUUUUGACCGCUGACUGGUCAGAUCAUGCACCAAUGACACUAUCAUUGACGAGCUCCUAUGACUACAAACACAGAAACCCAUGGCGUCUCAAUGACUAUUUAAUCAAAGAUUCAGAAUUCUGUAAAACCCUAGAAAAAGAACUGCAUAACUACUUUACCACUAACGCCUCAAGCGACCUGAACCCCCACAUGAUCUGGCUUGCACACAAGGCGGUACUGAGGGGUUCAUUAAUAAGCAGAGCCACAUAUCUAAAGAAACGAUCAGAAAAAGAAACUAUGCAAUGCAAACAAAAAUUGGCAGAGCUUCACAAAGAUAACCAAAAACAACCAUCAGCAGAGCAUAAAACACAAAUCAAUUCACUCCAAAACAAACUAAGUGAGAUUAGACUCCACAAAUUUGGCCUCAUGCUGAAGCGCUUAAACACACGCACAUACGUCCAAGGUAACAGGGCCAGUAAGCUUGUAGCACAACACCUAAGAGAGAGACAGCAACAAACACGGAUAGCACAUAUCCUAAAUAAAAAGGGCCAAAAAAUCCACCUCCCCUCAGGCAUUUGUAAAGAAUUUGCCCAAUAUUACAGCCAAUUAUAUAACCUCUCUAAUGAUCCGACUACGCCACAGCCCACGGAGGCUGGUAUACAAUCCUACUUAUCAAACAUCCCGCUACCAACUCUAUCCAAAACCCAGCAACAACUUCUAGAAGCUCCCAUUACAGAAAACGAAAUUGUAGAAUGUAUAACAUCCAUGCCCCUAGGGAAAGCACCAGGGCCAGAUGGCUUCACGAACGAGUACUAUAAGAAAUUCGCUCCACUCCUGGCCCCACACCUCAACAGGUCUUUCAACCACGCUCUUCAGACAGGAAGCUUCCCAGCGGAGUACUUAGCAGCUAGAAUAAUUACCCUACCGAAACCAGGUAAACCCCCGACACACUGCCAAAAUUUCCGCCCCAUAUCAUUACUAAACUCGGACACCAAACUGUACGCAAAAAUUUUAGCUAACCGACUCAAAAACAUCCUCCCUGACCUUAUUUCAAAUGACCAAGUAGGCUUUGUACACGGAAGGCAAGGCUCAGACAAUACACGAAAGGUAAUAGACAUAAUACAGUCGAUACACAUGGACCGGACCCAGGGUCUCAUAAUCUCCCUAGAUGCAGAAAAAGCAUUCGACAGACUGAAUUGGCAAUUCCUAGAGGCUACUCUGAAAAAAUUUGACUUUCCCCCCACUUAUCUGACAGCAAUCAAAGCCCUAUACAGCUCCCCGAACGCCGCGGUAUCAUCCUCAGGUUCCCGAUCAGAUCCAUUCAACAUCACAAAUGGGACUAGGCAGGGAUGUCCCCUGUCACCACUUCUUUACGUGUUAGCCCUGGAACCCCUCGCGGAAGCCAUUAGACGUAACUCAAACAUACACGGCAUAAAUAUAGGAGACAGAGAGUACAAACUCAACCUAUUCGCAGACGAUGUCCUCUUAACACUAUCCCAACCAUUGAUCUCCCUCCCAAAUCUACAAAAAGAACUUCAAUCCUAUAGCGCACACUCAUACUACAAGCUAAACACCACUAAAACCCAAGCAUUGGGAAUAGGCAUAGAAGACAACACAAUGACCAGACUCAAAAAGGCAUUUCAAUAUGACUGGAGAGAAGACCACCUCACAUUUUUGGGAAUCAAAAUCACGAAAACAUAUAACUCACUUUUCACAAUGAAUUACCAAAAACUCUACACAGAAAUUGUAAAUACAGUAAAGACCUGGGAAGGCAAAUACCUAUCGUGGGUGGGCAGAUGUGCGGCUAUCAAAAUGAUGAUUCUGCCAAAAAUUCUUUAUCUAUUCCGAACAUUACAAAUACCUGUCCCCGCCAAAUAUUUUAAAAACCUCCAGACAACUCUUUUGAGAUUUGGAUGGCAAAACAAAAAACCCAGGGUAGCAUGGCGACUCCUGUCACGGACAAUAAGAGAGGGAGGACUGGGAUUUCCAGACGUAAGAGAAUAUCACAGAGCUACGCAACUGGCAAAUGUGCUACGGUGCCACUCUAGAGCACAACCCCCACAAUGGCUGGAACUAGAAUCCAGCAGACUAGAAGGGAGGCACGUAGCACACCUCAUAUGGGCCCCAAGGGAAAUACGACCCCGCACCCCCCAGAUGUUGCCGACAACCAAACUCAUGCUAUCUAUUUGGGACAAAAACAAGCACAGGGUCUGCUCGAGACAUGAGUGGUCCCCCGCAACCCCCUUAAAAACGCUGCACACCCUAGACCCCUCGUUCAACUAUAAAAUUUGGGCUGAACACGACCUAACCCACCUUCACCAGCUAACUCAAGACGGCUCCCUGAGGAGCUUCAAAGAAUUACAAACACAUCAUAAUAUACCAAACAGGGCCCAAUUCUCAUACAUGCAACUUCACCACACACUACGGACUGCACAUACACCCACUCAACCAAUGACUGGUGAACCAAAACUAACUCACUUUGAAACUAAAUGCCUCGACAAAAAAAAGCAAGAAAAAACUAUAUCACUAUGCUAUAACAUACUCACUGGGAGCCCUCAAAAGCACCUCUGGGGAUUUCAAAAAGAUUGGCACACAGAUAUUGGGAGGGAACUAACUCCCCAGGAAUGGGGUAGAGCCUUCGUAGCACACAAAAGCACGACACGAUGCGCCUCCCACCUAGAAAUCGCCAGAAAACUACUCUAUAGGUGGCACCUCACCCCUAGCAAAUUAAAUAAAAUGUACAACAACUCCGAAGCCAAGUGCUGGAGAUGCUUAAAGGCGAAAGGGGACACAUUACAUAUCUGGUGGACCUGUCCACUCAUACGCCCAGUAUGGGAAACAGUGGAAGAAAUAGUUACAAACAGCACAGGGGUAUUGAUUCAACCCAGCAUAGAAUUAUAUCUAUUACACAUCUCACCACAAAAUAUCACGAAACCCGUUCGAAAACUAGUCUAUCUUAUCACGAUAGCGGCAACGACAUUAAUAGCAAGACAAUGGAAAUCGUCGGUGAUUCCCACAAAAACAGAAAUAAUAGCCCUAACAUCUACCAAUGUCUCAUAUGAAAAAUUUGCGGGGACACUGGGGCAAGAGGACCGCACAACCACAGAAGCUUACAAUCUGUGGCUCCAAUUCGAACAAGCACCCCACAUAACACACAGACACGCAACGCACGACCCACCGUAACAAACUAAACAAAUACAAGGUAUAGAAAAGGGAACAAAUCCAAAUGUAUACAAUUAGCAAUGUGGAGAAACAAACACUGACGGGAAAGGCACCAGACCCAAUUGACAAGCCUAGAUCGAACCCAGCGCAACAGGGAAUCAGUCAUACAGUAAAAAUUGCAUAGGUGGGACAAGUUCCAUGUAUAUAGUUAUUAUUAACGUUUACAUCGUUUAUAUUGUAUAUCAUACAUUAUACGUGCUUCCACAACUGACAUGGCACCCCCAGCACCAUCCAGGGACUAGACUACGAGGAUAGCAUCAUACAGACAAACAUGAUGGGUAACACCAUGGGUAAACUAAUAUGUCACGAAAAACGCAUACCUACCAAUUGAAUGUACCGCGAUGCCAUGUAAACGGAAGAUACGUAACCCCCUACCCCUCCCUUAUUCCUUUCUGUAUCCCCGCACACCUACCCCCCUUGUUCACGUCUAAACACCACAAAAAGAAAUUUGUCACCCAUAUAGAAAAAAAAAAAAAAAAAGCCACUUGUGCAAACACAGGGAACAGAACAAGGAACUGGCCUGUCGCGACAAAGUGAGCAAAUUUGAAUAUAUUUACAACUACGCUAGAAGCUAUGUUCAGGAUGGCAAACGUUGAAACUGUAAAGCUGGAAAUGUACAAAUGUGUUUCUUCCCCCCACCCCUCUUUCCUUCUGUACCCCAAGUUUGAACUUGAAAAUAAAAAUUGUCAAAUUGAAAAAAAAAAAAAUCUAAGCUUUUCUUGAAGAAUUGGGUUAGUUGAUCCAUACAGUAUUGUUUGUAUCCUUGUUUUGUUGCUUUGAUAAGUGUAUAUUUGAAUUUGCUUCAUUGGUUAAGAACAAGUAUUUUUGCAGUUAAGUGUUGAAUGAGACCUGCCACUAAAAAAAAAUUAUAUUUUUUAUCUCCAGGAAUCUGCGUCAGAUCUUCCAGUCUCUUCCACCUUUUAUAGAUAUCCUGCUUCUCCUCCUAUUCUUCAUGGUAAUUUUUGCUAUACUAGGUAAGAGUUCCUUUGUGAUAACUUGUUUUGCAAAGUAGCCAGGGUGCAUACACAUACAAAUAUUCUGAACAUCUGAGCUCUGUCAGGGGCUCCAACAUCUCUGAUCGUAGCCCUGCUUUAUUAUGUUAUAUACUGGGUUUAAAUGGGAUGCAAUUCUCUUUAUAUCCUAUAUGUAUUUGUAACACAACCUUAAGUAUAAAUGCAACUUAAACUAAAUAUGGGUAAAAAAAAAAAUUGCAUCAAGUGCAACUAAGAAAGAACACAAAAUAGAUUUACAUAUCCGUCCUGAUUAAUAAAUCACACUAUCAGGGUCAUUUCAGAUCCUGAGGGUCUCUCUCAGACUGGGGACAAGGUGAGAAUCAUCGCUGCUUAGCGUAAUUGCUCAGCAGCAGUGAUUUUAAAUUAAUUUAAACAUCCAAAUGCAGCUCUCACUCGGAGUGCUGCUUACAGCUCAUCUGUCAUUUUGUAGCCACUAAAUAUGGCUCCAGCUGACAGAGGGGAGCCCCAAGUAUUGAUUAAUGUCUGGGUCUCCCUGGUUUAGGUAGGGAUUGAACCCUGUUCACACAGUUACUACAGGACAUUACAUGCCAUUCUAAUGGUGUUAAAGACCACUAUUUUUAGGACAGUAUAAAAUGUUCUAAUGUUGUGAAGGGCUUAAGAUAUCCAUAGCACCAGCUAUUAACUGAUGAAAUGUCCCAUAAUCCCUUGUCAUCCACAAAUACAACAGGUGAUUGACAAUAGUUCAUGGCAAUGAACAAGCAGAUAGUUUAUAUAAAAUUUUAAUUUAUUUUCUCACCCCUCCUUCUUGGGUCCUCUACCAGAGGCCUGGGAGUUUGAGGGUUUAUUCCUCAUUCUUGUGUCCUCUACCAGAGGCCUGGGAGUUUGAGGGUUCUGCGCAGUAUUUUAGCUGUUCCUAGAACUGCACUCUUCUGGACAGCGAUCUCAGAUGUCCCACCUGGAAUCACAGCUUGGGAGUCACAGCCCAGAGUGCUCAUAUCACAACUGGGACUACUACUACCUUUCCACUUCUUUUCUAGUUCUUCUUUCAGUCUUUGGUAUUUGUCCACCUUCUUGUGUUCCUUCUUCCUGAUGUUAUAGUCACUGGGUAUUUCCACAUCCACCAUGACUGCAGUCUCGGUUCUUGUCUACCACCACUAUGUCUGUUUGGUUGGCCAGCACUUGCUUGUCUGUCUGGAUCUUGAAGUCCCACAGGAUCUUAGCCCUGUCAUUCUCAACUACCCUUUGUGGUAUCUUCCAACUGGACUUAGGAAGGUCCAAUCCAUAUUCUGUGCAGAUGUUUCGGUACACAAUCCCAGCAACUUGUGUCUCUUCAAGGGAUUCUAAGACCAGACAGACCAAUCUGUGUUCGGCCUGGAUAUAAAUAUAUAUAUAUAUAUACUGUCACCACAGACAUAGACCAGUUCAUUACACAUGUAAAAUAUUAAGUUAUUUUUGUUUUAUCCCUUUAGGUUUCUACUUGUUUUCUCCAAAUCUAUCUGAUCCUGUAAGUUUUGAUUACUGAAGUGCUCUUGAGAUACAACAUUUCAUGUAUAUCUUUGUUUUUGCCUGUGCUUUAACUGAAUUACUAAUAUAUUCCUCCUAUAUAUGAAUUUUCUGAACUAUCUCUAAUCUGUGGUUUGGAUUAAUGUCUUUUUGAUAUGAUCCUUUACAUUUUUCAGUAUUUUAGCAGUCUGGAAAAUAGCUUGGUCAGCCUGUUUGUGCUUCUUACAACUGCCAAGUAAGUUCCACACAUUGUUUUUUCUGUCAUUAUUUUCUGUUAUUGUUCUCACUGAAAUGACAACGCACUUCUUGCUUUGCAGUUUCCCGGAUGUCAUGAUGCCGGCAUAUUCUCGCAACCCAUGGUCCUGCAUCUUCUUCAUUGUCUAUCUGUCCAUUGAACUCUACUUCAUCAUGAAUCUUGUGAGCGUUUCACAGCAUGAACUUUAGCUUACAAUUGUGUUUAUAUGUUAUGAUUUGUUGUGGGUAUAUAUGUAUGUGACACUGAAAUUCACCAAAGCAGCCAAAUGUGAGUGACAAGACAGGUAUGUAUAUAUUCUGUGCAUUGUGGUAGUGAGAUUACAUGCUAAUGUACAACUUAAAAUAUCUGUUUAACACCUUAAAAGGGGAGGCAAUCGUCCAACUUCUGGACUUAAAGGAAACCUAGAAUGUAUGCCAUUUGUUAGUUCCUUUGUUCUUUAAGGGAAUCUCAUCCAUGCAUAUUAUAUAUUUUGUGAAUGGUCAGAAAGGGCACACAACAUUAAAUAUAAAUAAAAUAUAAAAACCAGGAACACCUUUCUUUUAAUUUUAUUUUUUCCACUUUAGCUUAUAAUAAUAAUAAUUUUUUAUAAUUAUUUUAUGUUUUCUUCAACAUUUAAAGGACAUUAGGCACCAAUGCCACUUCAUCCUACUGAAGUGAUUUUAGUGCGUUGAUGCCGUUUUUGUCUGGCAGUGUUAAAGGUUUCCGAGAUAAAGCAAUGCUUAAACUUUACCUAAACCAAUCCUCUAAUGAAUGGGUGCCCAAAAGGUAGAUUAAAACUACAGCCUCCAUGAUGCUUUGUUAUUGAUGAAUGCAAAGCACCAUGGCUAUUGUAGUUUUACAACAAAUGGGUAUCUACCUUUUGGGCAGCCAUGCCCUAGUGGUUAUCAGACUAGCAGCCAUUAGAGGCUCUUCUAUUUUAAGACUUUUUUUUUUCAAAGACAUUCACAUUUGGCAUUAUCAUGCACAGCAUGAUGAUGCCGAAUGUGUAAAUGGAUUUCGAAUUGAUGCAUCAUUUUGCCACAUUAAUUUGUACCAAGAUCAAAAUGUAUGUUGUUCUCAGAGGAGAUGGAGCAACAGUUCAUAGGCAUCAAGAUUGCAGGUAAGUUUUUUUUUUUUUUUGUUUGUUUUGUUUUUCUUCCCCCCUUUCAAUUUUUGAAGCGGAUGGGUCCGUAUCUAGUGCAAUAAAAUGGAGACUGUAAGGCUUGCAUCAGCCUUAUUUUAGCUUCAUCAGAAGAUUUUAUUGCCUCACAUGUAAUUUUUAGACAUUUCACAAGGUAGAGAACCAGAUAUACUGUCAUGUAAGCACUGUUAUAAUGUUGAGUUUGUAAUGUCAAAGAUCAUUACAGAGAAAAGUGUGGUAUCAUAUUAGCAACCAUCAUUUAUAACUUGCCCUGAAAGAGGAUUAGUGGAAAGAUUAACCAAUUCCUGACGCCCAUGCAUGGUCCCUGUAGCAUAGUCAUAUUGCCCCGCUACAGUCUGUAAUGAAUGCUGCAGAUAGACUGAUUUUCCUCUCCUGUAGCCUCCUCUCACACCUCUCCCCUCUGUCAGUCCUUACAUUGGCUUCCUGUAUCCUAUAGGAGUCAAUUCAAGGUACUAAUGCACACCUUUAAAGCACUGACCAAUUCUAGCCCCUCCUACAUUUCUUCACUGAUUCGCAUCUAUGCCCCUUCUCGGUCUCUCCGCUCUGCCCAUGACCGUCUCCUGUCUGCUGCUCGCACCCGUACAGCCAACUCACGCUUGCAGGACUGCUCGCGGGUGGCCUACCUACGACCAUCAAGCUCUCCCCUAGUCUUUAAUCAUUUAAAAAGUCUUCAAAACCUACCUCUUUAAGAAAGCUUAUGGAUAACCUCUACCUCACAUACCUGCCUCUUGCUCUCUCCUAAAGGGCAGCACUCUAUUCUCUCCUCCAGCUCUGCUUCAGUCCACCUUGUUUGAUUCCUACCUCCUUUCCUGUUGUGUUUUAAGCCCCACCUCCUGUAUACUGUAAGCUCGUUUGAGCAGGGUCUUCUUCAACCUAUUAUUCCUGUACGUUUUUGUAAUUGUCUCAUUUAUUGUUAAAUCUCCCCCUUUGAUAAUAUUGUAAAGCACUUCGGAAUAUGCUGACACUAUAUAAAUACUAGUAGUAAUAAUAAUAAUUAUCACCUAAUGCAUCUGUGCUGUUUUAACUGGAUAAUGUGAAUCACUUAUUAAUUCCCAGAUCCGAUGUGCUUAGUGUAGUGUGGUGGUUUGCCAUGUAUGUAUAAUCCCUUUACUGCUUUUUAUUUUUGUUUGUAUGUGCUGUAGGUUGUCUUCACCUACAAUUUCCUUAGCAAACAGAUAUUGACCUUUUGAUUGCUUCAUCUCCCCAGCUCCUGGCUGUUGUUUUUGACACAUUCAAUGAUAUAGAAAAAAAGAAGUUCAAGUCUUUGCUACUGCACAAGCGCACAGCCAUCCAGCACAGCUACCAGCUGCUCUUCAACUCACAGGUAUCCCGAGGCAGAAGCAGUAAGUUAUUGUGUAACACAGGGCUGCUGCUCUCUACAGGUAUAGAAAUCAUGUUCUAUCACAGGAUACUGGUGAACCAAACUCUCAAGCCUUCUGUAAAACAAGGAAAUAGGGGUUCACCGAGAGCAGCCCUGAAUUUACUUAACCAUGCUGCAGAUCUUCUGAUGUUUAUUGUGUUGCCAAAAUACGUAAGGCUUGUUUUAUGCAAAAAAUCCAUGUGCCUACUCUCUGAAAGACCUCACAUCCAUGUUUUUGUGUUGUUUAUGAUUGCCUGGCUUAUGUUAAAGCAUUUAGUUAUUUUGUAGUUUAAUUUUUAAAUCCAAGCGAGGAAAGUGUAGUUUCUGUUUCCCUGUAGAUCCAUAAAACAGCAAGCAGGCAAAAGUGUCUUCCUUGGGUUUCCUGUAUUCAGAAGUUAGGGAUCUCACCUAAACAUCUCUACUAUGAUCUUGAUGUUUGAGUUUGCCUGAACCCUUGUUCAUUUUAAAAUUAGAUUUUUGAUUGCCUGUCAAGUUUGCCUUGAUAUUCUGGAUAACCACUUACUAGCUUCCAGGACGUUGGCUUGUAAUUAGCCAAUGCCAUUGGGAAUUAUCUAUAUAUUUUUCCCUUUUAUACAUUUGGUAGUUUUACUAUCCUUUGCUCCAUGUCUCUUGAUAUAGAAUGGGUUACCCAGGAUACCGUAUGUCAUUAAAUGCCAUGGGGUUGCAAAUGUGCAACCUGUGUAGUGCGCUCCUUUUGUAGGGCUGAAAUAGUGGAGUGUUCUGCUCACAUCUUGUGAGGAUAUUUGCACUUCACUGUGUUGUUAUAUGGCAUUUCUUGGUGAAAAUGUUUGUUACAGGUAUCUUAAAUCUGUGUUUUCUGUCCCUUUGUUUAUAUUUGGUUAAUGCUGCAAUAGUUUUACAGUCAAACAAAAUUGUUCCAUACUUACUUUAAUUUUCUUUUUACUGAUUAUUAACCACAACAUCAUUAAAGGGAAUCUAUAGUGCCAGGAAAAUGACUUUGUUUUCCUGGCUCUAUAGAUUUCCCGUUUGUCAAGGCCCCCUCCCCGUGGCCCCUUCAGUCACUUACCUGGGUCCAGCGCCGAUGUCUUUUGGCCUUGGCUCAGCUCUGCCCAUGCUCCUCCAAUGGCCGCGCUCGCAUUAGGAUCUCCUCAUAGGAAAGCAUUAUUCAAUGCUUUCCUAUGGGGAAAUCUGACGUUGCAGGUCCUCAUGCAGAGCGUGAGUACGUCCAGCGUCCGAUAACUGACCGCAAGUCCCUUUAGUGGCUGUCUGAUAGACAGCCACUAGAGGAGGAGUUAACCCUCAGAGGUAAUUAUUGCAGUUUAUAAAAACUGCAAUAAUUACCACUGCAGGGUUAAGGGUGAUGGGAGUUUGCACCCAGACCACUUCAAUAAGCUGAAGUGGUCUGGGUGCCUAGAGUUUCCCUAUAAUUUUCCACUAUUUUCCUAUGGGGUUUGUAGAGCUAAUUCCACAAACUUUCUGUUAGGAAGUGGGUAGCCCUAUUUCUACAAAUUUUAGAGUACUGUUUCCUAUUCAUCCUGCCCUGAGAAAGAGAUAUACAUUAGUAAAUGUAGCAACAUAAAUUAGUAAGAAAAUUGAAAUUAUAAGUAUUGCAGUUGCUUGUAGUUUCUGCUGUUCGGGAUGAUUAAGUUAUGCAACGGUCCACUGUUUACAGAUGGAUGCACAAGCAUGAUUUGCAUUCAAGGGCCAACAGAAGUAAAUCUCUAAUCUCAUCACAAAACUUAAUGAUUGAAGAAGAUAAUAACUAGACUUGUGCGCAAAUGUAUUUCAGGUGGUUCGAACAAACCUAAUUCCUUUUAAUCUAAGCCUGAAUGAAUCGAUGAAUAAAAACUCCACAGGUAGCAAAUUGCUGUGGUCUGAUAAAUUAAAAGAGAUUUCUGUAUGCCUAAUGCUACAGACUUAAUGUCCCAAGUUAGUUUUAGAGCUGCAAUUUCAAAAAAUGAAAAUAAAUAAUCUACUCCCCUUCUCUCUAGUGCAGAGUACCUUCAUUUGAUGUCAUUCUGGAGGAAUGCCUACAGGAUGAUGGUUCAAUCCAAUACUCUUUAUAGAGGAGCAAUGGCGAUAGGUGCACGCACUGCGUCUGCCGCAAUGUGCCUGUGAUUCUGUCAAAGAAUCAUUGCAUGCAGUGAUUCUCUAUGGCAGAUCGUUACAGCACUGCACAUGUAGGAGACUCUAAAGAAUAUACACACAGUCUGAAAGUAGCUUGCAACAUAAUAAUCCUUGAUGUAGGAUUGUAUUCUAUGUAUAGCUAAUCCCUACAAAGAGAUCUAAUUAUAUCCAAAACAAAAAACAGAAUUCAAUGUUGCAAAGUACUGGCAGACUAUGUAACAAGGUGUAUCUAAUGGUUGGGAAAGUUUUAAUAGGAUGUACUUGGAUCAGAAGGCCAGGAGUAUGCUAAUACACCAAGUAAUAAGUAGGUGCUAAAAUUAUGCUAAAACCAAAGUAACCUUGCCAUAUCUUCGAGGCACCCCUCGAUCACUGAUUUUAUGGUCUGUAUUUACAAUCCGGUAACUCAAUAAACCCUCUCAAUCAGGCAAGCAUAACAUUUUUCCCACCUACCAAAACAGUUUUAUACCAAAUAAAAAGUGGGAUAAAUAAUAGUAGACGCAGUAAAAAAAAAAAAAUACAAUAAUAAUAAUAAAGAAAAAUACGGUGACCGUGGUAAGUGCAGGGUAUCAUCAUGUCAUAAGUGGACAUAAGUAUCUGGAGAACACAGAGAGUCCUGGCUCUCAUAGCCAGAGGGUUUGUACGUGUUCGUAGCUGUGCUUCCAAGCCCUCUAAUAAAUUGAGGCCACUAAGGAGAGGGGAACAACAGUAGGCACUAAAACAACUUCAUUUAGAUUAUUAGUUUAAAUUGCUAUAGUGAGUAUAUUGCUCCCUUAGAAUUUGAGCUCUUUGGCUGCCAUCACCAAAGGCACAUUUGAAUAAUAUUAAAAAAAAAAAGAGUAGCAUGGGGUGCAUCAGAGGAUCGUGGGAUAUGUAGUUCAACCCUUAACAUAAUUCUAUUAAUCAGAUCUGAUCAUUGUAGCAGCCAUGGCGCUAUUAGUUUAUUCACAGCUCUUUUUUUCAUUAUUGGACUGUGCUUGUACACGGCAUUCUCCUGAUCAGUCAGUGAUGCAUGUGUAGAGCCAUGGCUUGGAUUCUUUUAGUGAUGCAUAGGAGAGAUGGGGAGUUUGCACAGCCUGCAUCUACAUAACAUGCAGAUAUUUCUAUUGUCAGAGGAGGUAGGUAGGGUGCUUUCCUCCUUUACAUCACAAAGAAAAGCAGCGGCUUAUUGCUGCAGCAAUAUUUGCAAAUCUCUGCAGCUGCAAAUAACUUUUUAAAGGGGACUGUGACAGGUGAUCUCAUUGUAUCAUAUGGAUGCAAUGAACAUAGGUUGAUAUGAUGCCUAGAGUGUCUUUCAUCACAAACAAAAUUCACAGUUUGAAACUAAUGGAUUCCAAGCAAUGUGGAAAUCGUAAGAUGCUAGAACUAUGAUUCGUAUAUUCUAAAGGACUUUUUAAACCCCAUUAAUCUAAUUUAUAUGCUCUCUGUGACUAUUUCUUAUUAAAUGCUAUGCUAUUGGAAGCUAGACAUGUGCAGCUCUAUUUCUUUCACCGUUUCUACCAUUCUUAUUUUUGUGCUGUUAAUUGUAUGUUUCCCUGCAUCUGCUGCAGCAACAACCUGUACUAGUUUGCUUUUAAAUCGGACAUUUAAAAAAGAGUUGAGGAUUUGUUUUAAUCUUUAUCCCUCGGUUUUCAGGGACUCCCUGGGGUCUCCUUUUGUCAUUUCGAUGGGAUGAUGAGAUUUUACAAGCCCCGCAUGUCUGCUCGGGACCGAUAUUUGACCUUCAGGGCCUUGAAGCAGAGUGGUGCAGAUAAUCUCAGGUUAGUGAACUAGUGGUUUGUGUAAGAAGUUCUGACAAUUUAUGGAAUGUUGCUACCAACCUCCAUUUGUAUCUUCCUAGCAACCAUUAUUUGGUUUAAUAUAUAUAUAUAUGCGUUCUUGUGUGUGCUCAAUGUAAACUAGUGCUGAAAAUGUGGUUAUUAUUUUGUCAAGAAGUUUUUCUUAUUCACUAUGUUUUGGUUUGUGUAUGGUGUUUAUUGUUUACGGAUUUUCAUGCAGUUUGUGCUUGCAGAUUAAGUGACUUUUACCACUUUUACGAAGUUGUUGACUUGAAGUGGAAGGUGAGUGUCUGUUUGUGGUUAUUUGUUACAUAACGAACACUAUAGUGUCAGGAACACAAACAUGUAUUCCCGACACUAUAGUGUUAAAAUAGCUAUUUAUGUGUCUAGGCAGCAAUGUAAACACUGCCUUUUCUCUGAAAAGGAGUGUAUUUACAUUGAAAAGCCUGCAGGCACGAUAACUACUACAUAAACCCCUUAAGGACCAAACCUCUUUAAUAAAAGGGAAUCAUGACAUGUCACACGUGUCAUGUGUCCUUAAGGGGUCAAAGGGACACUAUAGUCACCAAAACAACUUUAGCUUAUUGAAUCAGUUUUGGUGUAUAGAUAGUUUCCCUCCAGUGUCACUGCUCAAUUCUCUGCCAUUUAGGAGUUAAAUCACUUUAUUUAUGCACCUAGUCACCUGCAUGUGACUUGCACUGCAUUCCUAAACACUUCCUGUAAAGAGUGAGCUAAUGUUUAUACUUCCGUCAUUGCAAAUUAUAUUUAAUUUAAAAUGUAUUAUCCCCUGCACUGAUAAUAAAGCUUGCUAGACCCCACAGAAACAUUCUGUGUAUGAUUAAAGUUCACUUUAGAGAGCAGGUAGUAAGAACUUUUAAAGUAAGUUACAUCUAAUUGAAAGUGAAACCAUUUUUUUUUCAUGCCUUGUGUGUGACUCACAGCCAGGGGAGGUGUGACUAUUUCUGCAUGGACAGAAACAAAAGUGAUCUAACUCCCGAAUUGCAGAGGUUUGAGCAGUGAGACUCCAGGAUCAUGAUUUAUACACUAAAACUGCUUCCUUAAACUAAAGUUGUUUUUAUGACAAUACAGUCCAUUUAAGCUAUACUGGUUAUGGUAACUAUAGUGUCCAUUUAAUGGAAAUCAAACGUGUGUUAUGUUAGAAGACCUCUGUGUACAGAAUGCAUAGAACAGGGGUAGGCAACCUUUGGCACUCCAGAUGUUGUGGACUACAUCCCCCAUAAUGCUCUUUCACCAAUAAUGCUGGCAAAGCAUCAUGGGAGGUGUAGUCCAAAACAUCUGGAGUGCCGAAGGUUGCCUAUACCUGGCAUAGAAUCUUUAAGCUAUUGCCUAUUCUCUUGGAAUAGUGGCUGCAUUCCUAGUGACAAACAUCUAUUUGUAAAUAUUUUCAUCAUGCUCAGGUAUGCCUCUCACACUCCUUCCUCUUUAAUGCUUGUCAUUAACCAUCAUUUUUAUACCAUUUUGAAAGAUUAGCUGUGAUGUAGUGUGAAAAGGUUAACAUGUAUUCGUCUUCUAGCUAAUUUUUCCUUACAUGACUUCUCAAUUCUGGUGUGGAAUUCACAUCGCAGUUUAGUUAUGAUCCAUGUCUUUUUCUACAGGUACAGAGGAUCCGUGAUCACUGGUUUGAUGAUCUGCCUCCCACAGCACUACUUAUAUUUAAAGGUAUAGUAGAAAUGUCAUAUACACUACAUGGAUUUUUGCUUCAUGAUCUUUCCAUUAAUGAAUAAUGACAUGUUUGUCAAUAACUCUAACUACUAAGAUUUAUUUGAUAUAUUUCUGUUUAUUUUAUAUUAUCUGCUUUGUUUGAACACAUGAUCAAUGCAUUUGGUUUCUUAUUCAGGUAUCAAUGUAUUGGCAAAUUCAAAAGCUUUCCAGUAUGCCGUAUGUAAGUAGACAUCUCUGUGUCAUCUCAUACUGUCUGACUGUGCUGCUAAGGUCCCCAAUGUUUUCCAGACAAUCUACAGCUUUCUAUUGUUCUAAUUCUACCAUCUCUACUAUUCUUGUGUUCUGUUUUAGCUGUUUUCCUAUCUCACAAUCAGGUUAUCCCUCUGGAAUGUGCUUUAAUAUAAUCCUAUUACACUCUGUUUUAUAUCUGUAAUUAUAAUACAAAUAAUUGUUUCUAUAAGUUAUAUUGGUUCUGUUCUUUUAGUCUUUGAAGAAUUGUUGGGGAUAGGUGGUUUUAAUUAAAGGGUCACUCCAGACCAUUCAAACUUGCUUUUUAUUUUAAAAAAGAGCAGAUUUCAAUAGAAAUUGACACUUUUAGAAAUUAAUCUUGUUAUAACCCCCUGGCUGUCAGACAGUCACUCUUGAUACAUCAUGGUUGUUUAGCUCAAUGGAGCUAAAUUCAAGAGGAGGCAAUUGCUCCGAGCCCAUAUCUUGUACAUAGUUCACAUUCAGCUGCUUUGGGAAGUCUGUGAUUUAAGGUAAUGCCUAUUCUCUAGUGGCUGCAUUCCUAGUGACAAACAUCUGUUUGUAAAUAUUUUCAUCAUUCUCAGGUAUGCCUGAGAAUGUCUCGGCUGGGGAAUUAGGGAAGGGCUUGCAAAGGGUGCAGACAAGACAUCUGCAGUAUUUGCAUGCUGUUUUUACAUAUACCCCAAUGAUACAAAUGCAUAAUUAAUGGCAUCCAUGUUUAUAUUGUUGAUAUAUCUACUAAACAGGGGAGUGUCCAUUUAAUGAACAGGUAAUAAAAGAUCAUUUUUAAUUGUACAGUUCUUUGGUAUUCUCAAAUAACUUUUGGUAAUUUGUACAUUUAAAGGGGUAUCCUCCAUAUAAUGUGGAACUGUGUUUCUUUGUAUUAACAUGAGGUAGAUACAGUGGAAAUUUCUUCUCAGCUGCCCUAUGACUCGCCAAUGCAGUUAUACCUCCAAUCUUUCUUCCACAUUCUUUAUUUUAGUUUUGUAUGUUGUCAAUCCUUGUUUGUUUCUCCAUACAGAUGCAGUUGUGGCAGUCAAUGGUUGCUGGAUUCUAGUUGAAACAUUUAUGUUGCGGGGUAAGCCCAACGUCUCAUUUUUUACAUUGUGAGAUAGAUGGCAUUAUGAAGGCUCUGUAUUAUCAGUCUAGCUUUUUAUUUUUUCUAUCUUUCAUCAUAAUCAAGUUUGUGCUCCACUUGCACCAGUUAUUGAUUUUAAACUUCAAAAUAAGUCUCUUAUCACACUCUUUCCUACACCAGGGGGGCAUUGCUUUUAAACUGUACACUCACAAGGUGAUUACGCUGACCUCAAUACUCUCUCUCUCCCCAGGUGGUAACUUUUUUCCAGAAGGUGUUCCUUGGAGCUACAUUGUUUUCCUGACACGUGAGCAAUGCAAUCUCUGCUUGUCCUACAAUCCCUUCCUUUUCUCAGUUUCAUUAAUAUCAUCUAUAGUAAAAUUUAGGGUGAAAGUCCCUGCUCAUUUAUACUCCUCCUCCCUGUUUUCUCUUUGUUGCAGUCUAUGGGGCUGAGCUUAUGCUGAAGGUGACAGGUCUAGGGCCUCUUAAAUACUUUACAUCAGGCUGGAAUCUGUGAGUAUUUCUAUUCUAAUUACAAUGGACCUCUGACCCAUUUAUGUGUGAAUCAAGAGGUUCCCUCAUGUCUGUAAUUAACUGUCAAAACAGUGAUUAUACAAGUGGAAUUGCUUAUACUUGUAUUGCCUAUACUAGGUGUUUUUAAUCUAAUUCUCUUCUUGGCCUGUUGCCUGCCUGUAAUUGCAACAUCAUGCAUUUGCAUGGGUAACAUUUUAUUCAUACGGUUGUUAACACAAUGUAUAGUUAUUUUUGCAUGAAUAUUCCCUACGUUUGGAGGUGAGAAGAUGUUUUAAAUGAAAUCUAAACUACCCGUGUUGCUGGACAGCAUUUUGACACAUGUCCACAUUUUGUUCCUCCGUAGUUGUGUGUCCAGUUAGUGAUCUGUAUGGAUUAGAAAUGUUCAUUGAAAAUAUGGCCAAGCUAUAUUUUCUGUGUUGGUACAUGAUGUAUAGUGCUCGGUUUUGUAUUGUGGAUACAUACAUUUCUGUCUUUCUCUCCUGCCCAGGUUUGAUUUUUCAGUGACAUUACUGGCUCUUCUUGGACUCCUGGCUCUGGCCUUUGACAUGAAGCCUUUUUACUUCAUUGUGGUACUGCGACCUUUGCAGCUACUUAGGUCAGUGUACAUUGAUGCUGGUAGCAUUCAUCUGGAUACACCAGUCUUAAGGAGUUAUUAUAUGUCUCUUCCUGCAUUGGGUGUGUCAAACACCAUUUUCAUAUCAUGUACUGAUGCUGAUGCUGGCAUACAACAUUCAAAAACUAUUAUAUCAGUGUUACUUUCUGAUGAUCUAAUGAUUUUAUUUGGUGUUGCUUUUCUUCACAUCUUGUAUUAUUAUAUUUAAGCACACACACUGUGAAUAGAGUAGAGUAGUUUGAGUACACACCUGUUUAUAACACUAUCAUUCUGUUCUAUUCCAGGCUUUUUAAAUUAAAGAAUCGUUACAGAACAGUGCUAGACACAAUGUUUGAAUUACUUCCACGGAUGGCCAGGUAGUCUAUUUUGUCCUAACUUUUGCCAUAGGUUAAUGUUUCUUUAUCCUAAUAUGCCAUUUGUUUGUUUGUCUUUUUCUAUCAUCUUAUUUUUAAUUCUUCUUUUAUUCUUUAUGUUUAUACUUGCCUUAUGUAUCAACUUUUUAUUUCACUCCCAUGCUAUUACUUAGAUUUGGGGUAGGUAACCUUUUGGUAGUGCUGUGCCAAAGUAAUAUUUUGAAGUUCCUUGGAGGGCCCUAUUUUUUGCAGAAGUUGUUUAUUUGUAGGUAUCACUUUCGCUUGUCUGCUAUAUGUUACCACUGUCUUUGUAAUGACUGAAAAUUGUAGCUCAGGAAGAUGAAAAAAGUAAUCUUCCAAAAUAGUGAAGAUAUUAUACAUAUAAAAUAGACAUUAAUCCUAUUUUAUUCAUGUGUAUCUCUUAAAUAUCAGGCGUUAAAGGGACACUCCAGACGCCUAAAGCACUUCAGCUUGCUGAACUGGUGAUGUGUGAAUAUUAGUCAGUCAGGAAGAUGAGACAGUCUGCAGCAUUCAUUUUAGAUGGAUGAGGGGUAAUGUGGGUAUUUGGAAGGCUAAUAAGAUAAUAAAAAAUGAAUAAACAAGUGCCUAGUUGUAUCUUGUGUUAGAAAAGGGCAAAUGCGCGCAAUAUUUUUAAGUUGGAAGCAACAGGAUAUGGAGAUAGACUAGAUGUGAGGCGAAAAAGUAUGACUUUCAAGGCAGUGAGCUUGAGAGAUUGGGGUAAUUGGUGUCCCCUUGACUUGCAUGGAGAUUGAUGGAGGAAAGGACUGUUUGAUGGAGGAAAGAUGAGGAGUUCAGUCUUAGAAAAACUAAGUUUUAGAAAAUGGGAAGACAUCCCGUUAUGGAUUGAAGACAGGCAGUUUGUGGCAAGUUCCAGAAGUGCAGUGUAGAGUUCAGGGGAGUAGUGGUAAAUCUGAGUAUUGUCCGCAUAUAGAUGGUAAUGAAUUCAAAGGAGGUUACUGAGAGAGGCAGUGUAGAUGGAGAAUAAAAGAGGACCAAGAACAGAUCCUUGGGGAACAUCAACUAAGACAGGAAGCAGGGAGGAGGUGGCACCAAAUAAAGAGACACUAAAUGUGCAUUCAGAAAGAUUAGAUGAAAACCAGGAAAGUACAGUGUCACAGAGUUCAAGGCUGUUGAUGGUAUGAAGAAGAGGAGAAUGGUCAACCAUACCAAUAGCAGCAUAGAGGUUGAGGAGAAUUAAUAGAGAGUACUUGCCUUUAGAUUUAGCAGUUUAAAUCAUUAGUAAUUUUGGUAAGGACAGUUCCAAUAGAAUGGUGGGAGCGGAAGCCAGAUUGAAGAAGGUCAAGGAAAGAGUUAGUAUUUAGAAAGGGAGUGAGAUGGGUAAAUACAACCCGCUCAAGAAGCUUAGAAGUGAAGUGGAGUAGUGAUAUUGGAUAGUAGUUAGGAUUGGAAGUGUCAGGAGAUGGCUUUUUUAGGAUUGGAUUAACAAUUGCAUGUUUGAGAAAAGAGGGAAACAUGCCAGUAGAGAAAGAAAGGUUGGCAAUAUGCAUUAGGGAUGGGACCAGACCGGGGGAAAGAGAUUGUACAAUGUGGGAGGGGAUCAAGAGGGCAUGUGGUAGGGCAAGAGGACAGGAGAUGUUUAGAGACCUGUAGCUCCGAGACGAGGGAGAGGAGUUAAAAGUGGAAGAAGGUAAAGAAUAGAAGAAGAGUAUUGGAAGGGAGGAUCAAAGAGAUAAUAUUUGCACUUCUAAUUUGGUUGAUUGUAUCAGUAAAGUGACAUACAAAAUCACAAGCUGUGAGGUUAGUUAAUGGCUGGGUUACAGUGGGGAGAAGAAGGGAGUUAAAGGCAUGAAAGAGGCAUUUGGGAUCACGAGAGUAGGUAGAAUUGAGAGAGGUAAAACACUCUUUCUUGGCAAGGGAGAGGGCAGAAUUAUAGUCACAUAGCACACAUUUGUAAUGUAGGAAGUCAGGUGUGGUGCAAGGCUUUAUCCAACAACAUUUUGCAGUAAGGUUACAUCGUAAUAGAAAAAUAAUAGAAAUGUAAAAUAAAUGUUUUAAUUGUUGGAGUAUAUAUGAACUAUCUGAUUGGUGGUAAUGACAGCUUUUUGUCAGGAUAGCUCUCAUUGAAAUCAGCAACUGCCCGCCUGCAAUUUCAUCCCAACCAAAUGGUAAAAGGACAGUUGGACCAAAUUUGCAGGCAGAGAGAUGCCUAUUCAACCUAAUUACCAGUGUACCAGAGUGUUUCAUAUUUGAUCCAUGUGGCGGCAUCCAGACCAUUUGCAUUCUGGUCCACAUCCAUGGUUGUUAGAAUGCUGUAUUGGAAAAUAUGGAUUUGUGCUGCUGGCCUAAAUGCUUGUGUAGGUCUUUAGAAUAGGAUGAUUUCCUUUCUCAAAUAACUUUAUCGUCUCUAUUUUCUCUGUCUUUAUUUCUUUGCAUUGCUGACAAGUGCACUUUUAAUUUUGCAGUUUGGGUCUGACUCUGCUCAUCUUCUAUUAUUCAUUCUCCAUUGUGGGCAUGGAGUUCUUCUCUGGAGUGCUAUAUCCAAACUGCUGCAAGUAAGUAGAACAAGACAUACUAUGCCCCCUGCAUGAAGUGUAUUUUGUGUUUGGUCUGUAAAUUGUUCUUAUAAUAAUCUGCAAAAUUUCAACAUUUGUUUAAAAAUAAUACACUUUUCUGGUGGAAUAAAAAAGGACAGAUUAAUAAAUUGAUUGUUUGGCUGGAACAAAAAUGGCUAUGUCCAGAAUCACCGGUUGGGUUGCAAAAGCAACAAAUUUAAUAAAUUGUUCCAAUAAUAACACGAAAGAGUAAGAGGUCUGCAAAACUUUGUAUUUCUGUUCUCCGCGUCAUUUCAGUGGUGGGGCUGUGCCUGGACUGAACUGGAUUGGGAUGUCUUGGCCAAUUCUAAAUAAAUAUUUAAAAGAAAACUGGACAUCACAUGAAGAAAGGUUAAUAUGAGUUAGUCAUAGGUGAUUUUUUUUUUUAAUUCAGUUUUCUAAUUUCAGAAAAAGUGACAGUACCUCUUUGUUUUUUGCAGUGCACAAGGACAGCCAACAAGCUGUUGCAUGCUUUAAUUGAGUCUGUAUUAUAUAUAUACACACACAGAUUUAAGAUCUGUAAGAUCUCUGAAAUUAAAAUCCUAUUUAUAGCAUCAUUAUUUAUUUGAUGACACAUUCUGUUAGUUGGGAGCAAAGGCCUACACCACCAGAAAUGGGAAGAUAUUUUUAACCCCUUAAGGACACAUGACAUGUGUGACAUGUCAUGAUUCCCUUUUAUUCCAGAAGUUUGGUCCUUAAGGGGUUAAAGCAGUACAGUGGUAAAAUAUUUGGCAUAAAAUGCUUUGUACCUCAUCUUCUAAUAGCUUAGCUUGUUUUAAAAACCACAGAAAGAAUUAGGCUCCCUCUGUUUUUUUCCCUUUGUUUCCCCCCUAAGCUUAAUGUGACUUAUACAAAACAAAUAAAACAAUAUAGAACAAUAAUAUAAGGUAAAAGCGUGAUGAACACUCACUUGGCAACACCAAUCAGUAUUGUGUAACAAGAGUGUACAUAGAUGGAUCCCCAUUACCAUCAGUUAUGUAGGUACUCCUCACUUUAAAGUGUGCUCCUUUAUUUGUGGCACGUUUUUUUACAAGUCUAACACACUGUGAACACCACGUACAAAGUAAUGUGAAAUACAUAAUAGGACAAAAUGUUACUGAUCAUUUUCGUAAAGAAGUCUGUCUCCUGUGUCCCUUUAACUCAGCACCAGCACAGUGGCGGACUCUUAUCGUUUUCUGAACCGUACAGUGGGCAACCAAACUCUUCCUGAGGAGGGAUACUAUUACCUAAACAACUUUGACAACAUCCUUAACAGCUUUGGUAAGAGGGGGGUCACAGGUAGAUUGUGUCUUAAACCCAACUACUUUCUCACUCUGGUACCGGAAUGUGAUGAAAACUUAAUGUAGUUUAUCAAACAUGAUGUAAUAGAUUUAUUUUACCAAACUAGCCUACUUUCUUGUUGUUAUCAAACUAGCCUACUUUCUUGUUGUUAUUUUUUUCUGCAUGUCCUCUGUAUUUUAAUGAAAUACAACUGAUAGAGUAGAUCCCAUGCUAGGAUUCUAGUUCUUAAACUAUAAUUUAAUUUGUCUCCAAACAAAAUGCUAAAGAGACUCAAGUCCAGAUAUCAUUUGAGUUAAAAAAAUAUAUAUAUCUGCAUAGCAACAUCUCACUUUAAUCUUUUUCUCCGUAUCUUUCUGUGCAGUGACUCUGUUUGAGCUGACAGUGGUAAAUAACUGGUACAUCAUAAUGGUGAGUGUCCCAAUUAGGCAAAGAUUUAUGUACUGAAUGCCAGUGCUUAGCAUGUCAAGACCUACACUAAUAGACAAGCCUUGAGUUGAUCACCACUGCAAACCUGGAGGGUUCAUGGCACUGAAUCAGGGCUGAAUCUCUACUUGCCAGUUUUUACUAAAAAAAAUAAAAAUAUUGCACCAAGAGAAAUGAUACCAACGAGUUAAAAUGUCUAAUUUUUAGUGGGUUUACUAGUAUGUAUUGCCUUCUCUUCCCCAUUAUGUUCAGUUGGCAUUUGGUUUAUAUUUCUGCCUUUAUGUAUAUUUUACGCUUUGAUAUCUAAUAAAGAGAAGACGUUUUGUCCUAACUCUUUGAUGUCACUUCUCUGUGAAGUACAAUGUGUUGCUAUUUUUGUGCUAUUGUUUUUCUAAGUAUUUGGGGACUGUUUUAAUAUGCACCUCCUAGAAGUCAUAUUGUUGUCUUUUUGAAAAUAUAAAGAAAUUACAGCUAGCAAGCAGUGGACCAUCUAAUUAUAUCACAGAGCACUACAUUUUCCCUCGCCAAAAGCCAGUGGCAAGUGGAAAAUGUACACCUUGCUGAAUGUAUUGCUUAUUUGGAUGUUGAUAUUUACAUAGUUCUCUUAAGUUCUUCAAAAACUAUUUGAUGGUUUCACAGUAUUAAAAAGUUUCACUUAAUUUAAUUUGAAAUAAAAUGUUUGUUUUCCAUCAUUCAUUGAUACAGGACAGAUCAUAUUGUUUGGUUUCUUUUUUUUUUUUUUUUUUUUUAAACAUAGAACACAUUUAGUAAUUUGUGUUUCUUUCUUUCUUUCUAAUGUUGCUUGGCUUGAAUUCAAGUUAUUAAGUACAUUUAGGGACUAUUUACAAAAUUAUCGACUCUGCCUAUUGCCAGAUGUUAGAUUGAUACUUAGACGCUAUCUUUAAGAAAAUAAUCAUUUUUAUAAAAUAAAAAAACACCGUAUUUACUAAAGAAUUAUAUUAUUUCUAAACAAAACAUAAUAGAUUUGUUCACAAUGCUUUAGAUUAAAAUGGCCAGAACAAAUACAAUAAACUCCUAUUAUUGAAGGAAUUGAAUGAAAUCAUUUUUCACUUUAAUGUUUGUACUUGUUGGUAGUUGUUCAGUAGACUGUUCUCCCAGGACAAAAUAAAUGGUCUUAAACAGGCGGGGGGCUAAAUAUCUUUUUAAGGGAGUCUAUAUAAUUUUAUAUAAUUCACUAAUGUAUAUGUCAUGCAAAAUAUUUGAAAAUAUCACAAGCUUUUUUAAAAAUAAUUUUCCAGCUUCCAGAAACACAAAAUAAUCAACUUAUAAAUCUUAGCGUUAAAGGACCACUAAAGUCACCCAGACCAUUUAAUCUCAAUUUAGUUGUAUGGGUGUAGAGUUAAACAAAUGCACCGCUAGUGGCUGUCUUCCUCACAGUCACUAAAGGUGCUUCCUCUUCAGCGACUGAGUAAAACGAAGUCACGUGAAGUUGCAGCUCAAAGGAAAGCAUUGAAUUCAAUUCUUUGCAAUGAAAAGCAUUUGGAUUUGUGCCGUACAAACACUCACUGCACAUGCUCUUCAGUUUCCGGUGCUCCUUUAUGGGGAACAUUGGAUUGACCAUUGACUCGAGAGCCAAAUGAAGUAAUGCGAGGAAGUCUUGGCGCUGGAGAAACGGUAAGUAAAUAAUUUUUUUAAUCCUAUUUUAUUUUCAGUUUUUUACUGAAAUUGGGGGGUUGGGGAGACCUAAAUCUAACGUGCAGUUAGAGCACUAUAGCAUUAGGAACACUGGUUUGUAUUCCAGACGCUAUAGUGUUCCUUUAAACUGUUAUCUACAAGUCAAAAUGCCAAAUGUAUCCUCAAGAUAUAUACUGCAUUGGUAAAAUUUCUAGCAAAUUAACAGAUUCAAAUGCCUCCUCCGGGAUGGCUUCGCACAGGCCCUAAAAUGUUGCAUAUUGUUUUCUCAAAAUUUCUAGCUUGCAGGUAUAUUACUAGACUAUCUAGGUCUCUGAUCUAGGUCCCUUGAGGCACAAAAUGGGUAAGCGUCAUCAUGGUUGUGCUUUUCCCUCCUGCUGUACAGUCCCAGAUGAGAUUUUUUAAAGUGAAGAAAAUAAAGGUAUCUUCUUUUAUACUUUAUUGCACGUUUUGGGCGUAUAUUUUUUUGCUUGUAAUAUGAGCUGCUUUUGAUCUGAUACAUGUUUAGAUUUGUAUUACUUCAAAUGAUUGCGUCAAUUGAAGGUUGUGGAACUACUUCUCACAAUGUUUUUUCCCAUUUCAGGAAGGUGUUACAUCUCAAACGUCACACUGGGCACGUCUAUACUUCAUGGUUUUCUAUAUUGUCACCAUGGUGAGUGAGUAAUAUUAUGACGAAUUGGCUGAUCCCUUGCAGAAUUGUUUAACAUAUCUUAUGGCUGUGUCUGUGUGCAGGUUGUAAUCACCAUAAUCGUAGCUUGUAUUCUGGAUGCCUUUGUGUUCCGCAUGAACUACAGCAGGAAGAACAAGGAUGCAGAAGGUGAGCCGUCAUUCAAUAUGAAUUGCAGCUCCUUGCAUCUCCAAAGUGGAGUUUUUGAAAUACAACCUCCAUGCAAGGAAGUUGCAGUUGUUUUUCCCUGGGAGCAAGCACUUGCAAGUCUGAAAACGGUCUCUGACAUGAUUGGUGCUUGCCACACAGAGCCCUGGGCAGGUAUUAGCGCAUGCAUUGGUAUGAAAGCCAAAAGUGUAAUUCCCAGCCCUAUUUUGUCAGUUUGAGAGAUUAGUUUAACAAGAAACUGUAGAAACCAUAUCAAUGAGAUAAAGUAGCUAUGUGUUCAUUAAAGCUGUAUACAACAGACAGACAUUGAUCAGGAAUUUACACUUACAUGUAACAUUGGGGUUAAGAAUCACAUCAGCCCUAUCCUGUCAUUGCUAGAAGCCCAGUCAUUUUGUUGCAUUACUGGACACAGAGCUGGAUGAAAUCACCGCUACAUCCCAGGCAAAGCUGUUGAGAGACAGAAUUACGCACACAAGAAGAAAAUAAAUUUUGAACCACACGCUACUUCAAAAUUGUAAAUCUCUUAAUACUAAAAGUUAUUGCUUAUUAUUUAACGGUUCCUAUAUAUGCACCUGCUAUAGAAAAUAAAAGUAAACAAAGUAGGUUGAACUGUCUGCUUUAAGUAUAAAAGUUCCCUCUUUUACUGUUUUAUUGCAGAUGAUAAAGGAAUUACUUUGGAAACAGAAGUUGGGAGAGAGGAGUUAACUCUUAUUCUUAGACAAGCCCAAAGCAAUGAAGAGAAAUCACAGCUACGCAAAUUGCUGUCUCAUCUGCAAGCUAAUGAAGUAAGUCAUCUUAUGUUACCCUUUCCUGGUGCUCUUGGGCUGUAUCUCAGCUAUAGAUUUCAUUCUUUCUCUAGUCCGUGUUCUAACAUUUUAUUAUUUAUUCUAACUCUAUGCUAUUAGUUUUAUUUUGUGUUUCUGUUGUUGUCCAGCUCUUAGCAUUUCUUGCCCUGACUACCUCUAUCCCAUAUUGCUAUUUCUCAUGUUGGCCUCUUAUUUACAUUGCCCUAUUUUAUACCUUCUUUAGACUGGGUCUGUUCUGUUUGUGGGCCGCAGAUCUAGAACCAAGAGUGACCUUAGCAUGAAAAUGUACGAGGAAGAGAUCCAGGUGAGAUAUAUAUUUCAGGCUCCUGCUGUGUUCUGUUUAUUGUUUUGUAUAAUAGGAACAGCAGGUAGUCGUGUAUGGGAAAGAAGGUCAGCAUGCAUAUUAUAUCACUGAAGGAGUCUGAAACCUCAUCCACCUCUGAAUUUGGGCAUAACCUCAAUAAAAUUACUGCAUUUUAACUUCACAUUCCCAAAUUUAAUUUGAUUCAUUCACUAUAUGUGAGCAUAAAUAUUUAUAUUUUCUUGUUAUGUAAUGUAAUCUAGUAUGGUUAAAACGACAACUCUAGUAUAAUGAAUCGCUAACAUAUUCAGUCAUAAUUGUGACUGGCAGUUUAAUAUGUUUCUAUUUUUUCUGGACAUGUGUCUCCUCUACAGGCUUACUGCAAUACAUGUCAUUCUGUAGUAUUUAGACUUCAUAUUCAAACUUAAGGAGGAAUGUUAAAAGAACAAUCCAAAUUAGUUGAAUGAGUUUGUUCCUGCAGCAAUAACCGUAAUGGGCACAAAAAACAUAUAUAUUGCAAUCUUCAGAUCCACACUCAACUAUUGCAUUGGUAGAAUGUUUGACUUCGAGUUUUUUUAAAAUGCUAUUAAUUUAGAGAGUGUUUUUGUUCAGCAUUUUGAUUCUGAUGAAUUGUCUGGCAUUUUCACUCUCCAUAAGGCUAUUUAACAUUCAUGUAUAUUAAAAAUGUAAUUUUGUAUGCCAGUCCUCCAUGGCACAAUCUCAAUACUGUAUUUUACAUGUCUGAUUGUGCUUUCCCCAGGAAUGGUACAAGGAGCACUCUCAGGCACAUGGAAAGAAGUCAAUAGAGCUACAGUUUGCUCCGGGUGGCCUGCGUCCUCGUUCCCGCACAGUUAACUGAAUGUUCUCCACAUACCGUUCACCUCACUAUGCAAUUGCCAGUAUUCAUAUUUCCUGUUUCUGCUGAAGACCGCCAUAAAGGAUGGUCAGCCUAGGAGGAAUGUGACGAAUAAAUGGGUGUGUUACCCUUCUAUCCUGCAAACACAAAGCCUCUCUCGACCACAAUGUCUUCAUGGACUGUUCAGGAAAUGACUAAUAUGAAGAGAUUUGUCAUUCUUUAAAUGAGUUAAGGUUUGAUUUUGAAUCUAACCAUACUAUCCUACUGUAGAUAAGAACGUGAAGGCAAGAAAAUAGCUGCUUUUAAAAUACAGGUCCACGUAAUUUCUUCUCUUUCAAAACUAGUUUUGAAAGCCUGUUUCUUAAAGCUUCCUUAUAUUGCUAACUAACUGACUUGUUUUGCUCUUUCUAUGAAUUGAGAGUAUUCCAUGAUGCAGACAAUCAGAUCUGGUUUCUUGUACAACCCUCCUACUGUGCUGGUCACCAUAUUAAUCCAAUCAUUGAUUGUCCUAUAACUCUUACUACCGGAAGAUGAUAAUGCACAUAUAUACAAACAGCUAUAUUUGUAAGAUAUUAAUAAAUCAGAAUUUUAUAACAAGUUUUCUAUUGGAG